AUGAUCCUCACCACCAUCAUCGCCAACUGCAUCGUCCUGGCUCUGGAGCAGCACCUUCCCGGGGAGGACAAAACACCCAUGUCCAAGAGGCUGGUGAGAAAUGCACAUAUUUUAACACCUGCACUCAGAAUCUUUUUAACCUUUAGUCUGUCAAGUUGUUGAAUUAUGGAUUUUGUGUAAACUGUGUCUGACAGGAUCUAGAGAUCCUCAAAAAACCCAGACAUGACACCACCAUUUUGGUACGCUAAUUACGACUCUGAUUAUCUCUGUCUUUGCGUCUUCAGGAGAAGACAGAGCCCUACUUCAUCGGGAUGUUCUGUUUUGAAGCUGGGAUAAAGAUUAUUGCUCUGGGCUUUGUGUUUCAUAAAGGCUCUUACCUCAGGAACGGAUGGAACGUCAUGGACUUCAUUGUGGUCCUUAGCGGGUGAGUUAAACUGUGAUUGUUCAUGUGUGUGUUUGUGCGGUAGAUGAGGAUGCAGAUCUGUGAAACAGGAUUAGUGUUUGAAAGAGAUGAUGGUUCUGGGAGAUUCGCUGGCUUGUUUGUUUUUUAACUGAUCAUGCUUGUCUUUGAGGAUCUCGGUUAUUUGUUGCUGAUCAAUUUCACAGGUUUGACAGUUUGCUUCUCUGUAGCCUCUUAGUUUAUGGUAUUUAUACUCCCCUUCUAUGGUUUUUUCUCCACUUCCUUUAAUUUAUUAAUUUAUGUAAAGGGAACUGGUGUCUCAUUAUGAGCUUUUCAUUUACAUGUGCUUUCCCAUUUUUGUUUUUUUGAUAACAUUUUUCUAAAAGUGUAAUUAACAUUUGUAAAAAGCUCUCAGCACAGAUUUUCUGGCAAAGAGGGAUGGGUAUGAUUAUAGUUUAAAACGUUUAUAUUAUGGUACUUUUGGUGUUGAAUAACCAUGUACCAGUAUCAAAAAUCACAGAUACAUAUCUCUAUGGACAUGGAAUAAAGACAGUAAAACCAUGAUAAAAGUUUCCAUCAAACUUUUAUAUGUUAUAAGUAUAAAAUUGAAAAGCUCUUAACAGCAAUUAAAACAGGACUUUAAACUGCAGUUAAGAGCACUUCACAAUUAAUAAUAAAAUGUGUCAUAAAAUAAAGCAGCCAGUUAAUCAAAUGGCAAUUAUAAAAAACUGGUGAUCCACAAACUGUUAAAUAUUCUAGUCAAUAUAUGUUAGGGGCUUUUCAAAUAAAUGGUACAGACUCCUCUGACUUGACAUUAGAGGAGGUUGUUCUGUAGUGUUGUUGUCAUAUCUCUCUUUGUUUGGAUCCUGAACAGCCGGUAAUGUCAGACAGAGAGGCAGCCUUUGUGAAAAGCACUUAGUUGUCACCAGGAUUCCCUGUUUGGCUCAUUCUGAGAAGUCACUGACGUUGAAUUUUUGAUCUGCAAAGCUGCUGCAAGGAAACAUUAGUCCUCAUUAUGCCUAUGUGGUGUAUAAAACAGUUUCCUCUCAACAAUGGCAGGCAAAAAUAAAAGAAAUAAACUGGUACACAUGAUCAAAUGGUGAAUGUGGGAUCAUACUGUAUAUAGAAUGGACGCCGUCUGCCUCCUCAAUGGCCGAAGUCACCCCGAGAACAGCACCCUCUGGUGACGGGCUGCAGUAUAGGUCAUAAAUUCUGCCUCCUCUAGUAAAGCUUAUGGAGCUGUGGACAAACUAUAGAAAUUUAUUACACAGAACUUAAAAUUUUUCCCCCCUGUUUGUGAUGUUGACAUGUAGUUACAGUAAGACUGGUUUGUGCUCAAGUUCUCUUUUUUUCUGUACAGCUCCAUUUUUAAACAUUAUUAGGGGGUUCAUGUUUUAUAUGAUUGACACUUGAUACAGCCUAUGGGCGUACGAAGAUUGCGUAGCUCACCCAGGGGAUAUGCUGUUUGAACCGAGCGUCAUUACAGCGACUCUUGGCGACUCUCCCGCUGAAUGUGUACAAUGCUACUGCGCAGUUGGUGGAGUGCGUACAACACUACUGCUCAAUGUUGGUUUCAGGAAAUAGAGAAAAGACUCUGCAAUUCCGAGAGGUUUUGGCUUCAAAUCUGCAUGCUGACGGAAGGCAGAACCAAGUUGUCCAUAGUAUAUAAAGUCUAUGUGUGGGAUACAUCCACCAAAUCUACUUAAAAAGGCAAACUAGGUUCUAAAACAGUCCCUGUUGGACACUGACAAAAACACUCAAUAGUUUAAUGUAUGUUGCAUGAGAAGUUAAGGUCUUCAUGUGAAAGUGUAUGAAUAUAAUCCAUUAGAUAAAUAAAAUUCUCCUUGACCAGCACCUGUUACUACUUAACAUCAUGAAAGGUUGUUCAAUGAGCAGCUGUGGAUUGUCAUGGUGAUUACAGCUUGUAAAGCAUCACUUCAAUCUUAGUACUUACAGUACAUCAAUUACGCAGCGUUUGAAAACCCAGACAAGUGAACAUUUACCUGUUAGUCUGAUAUGUGUGAGGUAAAGGUGUGGCGUUAUAUUAAAGGGCAUUUUACAGCAGUUAUCUUCACAGGCGAUGUUAUUUCUCACUGUCAGAGCGCAGGGAGGAAAUGUUUAUAGUUUCAAAGGAUAAGCUUGAUGAGACAGCAGAUUAACCUUAACAAUUCUCUCUCUAUUGCUCACACACAGAUGAAAUAUUAAUCAAUUCAAAGCCCAGAAGUACAAAGGGUGGCAGACAGGGUUCUUAGAGAAUUCUUCAUGAUUCUGACUGUUCAAUUAUUGAUGAGCCCAGCUCAGGCGUCUUAACGAUACUCCACACACUGUCGGAGAGAGGAAGGAUGUGAGGUUUGAGGAAAAAACAAGAGAAAAGGAGGGUUUAAUAAACAUUUUAAGGAAAUGUAAACCCCGCCAGCUUCCUGCCUCUCUGGCCUGUUGAUUACUUUGUAUUUGGUUCAGGACACUCAACCCCAUAGUGUGUAACUAAACCACCAAAAUUAGAAGCUUAAUUAAAUCACAGCAUGGCAGAGUCAUGUUAAUGGAUUGUUGUAAUCUCACCUGCAAAGGAAAAAAAGGGAAUGAGGUCUAUCAUGGCUGACAGAUGCUGUGAUCACACUUUCUCUCUGGUGUCUGUGUAUAAAACGCAGAAGGUACAUAUUCAUAUGUUAGCAUCCUCUUGAACUGAGAACAGUACCUGUGAGGCUGAAGUCAUUUCACAUGUCCAGUUAAAGCAAUCUAAAUACCUAUGCACUACUCAGACGGCUGUCUUAAAAUGGCUUGGCAAACAUUAACCAAUUUCCUCUACUCCUAUAAGACAGGAGCAGAGGAGGCAUCUUACUCUAAAAACACAUCCCAACAUUUGCAUUCAGUCGGUUGAACAUACACUGCUGGUUUUGAUUAAGGGAGGAGACAUGCUUGAUGUGGAUGAAAUAGCCUUCUAGGUCUCAUUUUAUUAAUAUUCAGCAUGAUGAAGUGAGCUGCAGAUAGAUUCCUCUCUAAAUUAUCAUUCUGGCCACAGCAAAGAUAAAUUAAUGAAAAUGUUCUGGCUCUGUCUCCCCCUCUCUUUUUUUGAAACACACACACACACAUGCUCAUAUAGGCUCAUUCACUCACCUACAAGCAAUCAGUCGAGGUUGGCAACCUUAUUAGAGAGUGAAUGAAGAUUAUGAGGACUGCCUAUAAUAUUAGAUGAGUCACCAGUGCUGUCUAUCAGUUAGUAAUUAGGAGGUCUGUGCAGAGAGGAGCGGUCACACACUCUGUUACAGAUAUGUAACAGACCCCCAACCUUCUACUUACACGAGCACAGCGUACAUUUAGAAAUAUGGUUAAAAGAUUAUUAACAAAAAUCAUCAGCAGAGGUAUUAAUUUGUUUGUUUUUGUCAAUUUAUCAGAGUCCCUCUACUUUGGUGGAGCAGUUAAUUUGUUAAAAAGCUCCCGCCACCCGACAGUGGGAGAAACAAAGACACCAGACCUUUUGAAGCACAACAAGAGCAGGCCUUUUAGAAGUUUCUAACAAUUUGAGAACAAAGCAAAAGAAAGACAUUUUUUUAAUAUAUGAUGAACAGAAUAAUGCAAAAAAGGCACAAACACUUAAAACUUUCAGGUCAAAGAACAUGUAAGACAUUAAACAAGUUUAGUCUUAAGUCUGAUACCAACAAUUUAAUAGAAUGUCUGCUUGAAGAACAGGCCCUGAAAACAUAUAAGGAUUAAAAAGCAGCUCAACUCUCUCUUGGAUUUUUGAAGAAAUUCUUCAAAAGUGCCAAAAAAAAAAAACCAUUUAACCACCCUUCAAAGUGGUUCUGUGCAGCUGUAACUUUUGAUCAUUUACCCAGUCAGGUCAGGGCUUGACACCAACUUUUUUUUUCACAAGGAGCACAUGUGAAAGUUGAAAAAGUAAGGAGCAUACAAAGAACUUUCAAACAGUAAUUUAUUGAUGGUCCCUUAUUUAACACCUGACGUUAACAGCAGAAGUGCCGAGUAGAUUUAACCACGCUGCUGGUACUAUUCCCGGUUGUUGAGUGAGAAGAAUAUCUAACCUAAAACUAACUCACCAUUGGUAUUUACAUGAAAAAACAUUUGUUGCCUCGGCUGAUUUUUUUUAAUUUUUAUGAGCUCAUGUGCCCCUAAUACAUUUUACAAUUCGCACACAUCAAUUUGUAGUCACGGAUGCGAGUGAGACGGUCACACUGUCAAGCCCUGCAGGUCCCAAGCAAUGAGUGAUUUUUGGAUGGAUGUGAUUUAACCAUUCAGGCUAUAAGUAGUCCUCCUAUACUACGAUAAUCCAGUGCAUGCUGCAUUGUUCAAGCAGCACACAUCAGCAGAAAUGUCAACCAUAAUGUUCAUUACUAUUCCUAGCAUUAAGCAACUAAUUACAGCUCAACAAAAAUUGCAAAAAUUAACACUUUGAAAUGAAUCAUUGUGAUGAAAACCAACUUAAAUAGUAAAACUCUGCUGAGGUAAAUUGUAUUUGAUGUGUAUUUUGAAUAUACAGUUUUAGCCAUGUGCCAUCUGUUAACAUGGAGGAGGCUUUAUGAUCCAUGGAGAGAGCAUUAAACUUGAUGAUUUUACUUUAGAGAGCUGUCAUGUUUUACAGCGUUUCAUAUAAUCUAUGGUCAAAUCUGCGUUUUUUUCCAUUCCCGUACCACGACCUUUUAAUCCAUUUUGUCUCCAGCGUGUUUAGGAUGUGUUGAUUCAGCUAACAACAGUGCACUCAGCUGACUGAUUUUCAUUGUUUUUACAUCACAGUGUGAGUCAUAUAGGCGGGCACCCUAACUCAAUCGUAUUGUAGAGUAAGUUACCCCCGACUGGAAAGCCAGUGAAUCUUUCCACAGUGGAUCCCCUUGACUCACUCGUCAUUAUUUGUGAACAUGUGUAAUCAUGGAACCAUUUGCUCACAGUGUCAACGCUAGAGGCCAUGAUUACCUCAGCAAGCUGCCUCAUUUUUUUUUUUACAAGAUAGCCUGUGUUACAGAGAGAGAGAUUGAGUGGGAGGGAAGGAUGAAAAGGCAGAUGGUGCUUGCUAUUUCUUUAAAAGCUGUUAUUGUAGAUAAGGACUGUUUUGACUGUAGUUCAAACAGAGAGACUGUGGGUUUUUCUUGGGCCGGCAGCACACAUGCGUCAGCAGUCUGCUUACUGCUGAAGUUGUGAAAGAAAACAAAUGCUGAUACGAAAAAAACAAGGAAAACUCAACAGAAGUGAAGCAAAAUAGAGAGAAGAGGAAAUAAGAGGGAUGCCUUUGUGUGUAAUCGUACAUACUAAUUGGCACCAUGGCAGUCUCAUUCGCUGGCAGGGCCUCCAUUAGACUGGCAACAGUUGGCAGAGGGAGACGCCUACCAAGAGAUUGUGUCACUGCUGUAUGCCAGACACUUAGAGGGGGGAUGGGAGAGAGUGGAGAUGGGAUGGAGUUAGCUUAGAGGGAUAUAGUUAGGACAAAGACAAGGAGACAGGAGGAUAAAAAAAGCAUUUAAGCUUACGGUUUCGGCAGGAGCAGGCAUUCUCCAAAUUCUUCACAAACAAGUUCAGGUGUUUUCCCUUUUAUUUUAAAACUGUAACCUCUGUAAGCUUAUUUUUUUGUAAAGUCAAACAGGGAAAUGACAGGGAAGCGGAAAACGGAGGAUAGUGGCCAAUAAAAAGGAUCCUUCACGUCUGAGGUUUGUUUCUUGAUACUCUAUCUUAAUAUGUUUUACCUGGCUUUUUUAAAUGAAGUGUAAAUGUAGCUGGAGAAACAUCAAGAAUGAUGAUCAAAAAAGAUCCCCAGUUGCACUCAGACCAGAAACCCUAUAAAUUCAUGGUCAUCAUUUCAAGUGAUAGCAUGUAAAUCAAUAAAUCCUCAUUCAGCUCGACUUUUUCCCAUGUUUUGCAAUUUUUCGCAGCUUAGGUACACUCCCGAGCUCUGCUGCUGCUGCUGCUGUUGCUUGAAUUGCAGGUCAGGAUCUUGCCCCUUUUUACCAUAACAGAGAUUAUUGGGGCCCAGAAGCUCUAAAUACCACUAACUAACAAUUUGUCCCAGUGUCAACAGGCUGAGGUGAAAUGUGCUGCACCACUUUGUCAUGUUGUUACGGGAUCCUGACCAAUCAUGAUGAGGUUUAAAGACAGCAAGGCAACAUAUAUAUUUAUAACAUCAUCACCAUAACACCGUCAGCAAGACAGAUGCAAGAAUGAAACACUCUGACUCUUAUGUUUUAAGUUAUUUCAUCCCAAAUCUUUUCAAGUUGUAGCAACACUGCUCUGGUCGAGUUUCAGUUUUGUCAUCUCAGAAUUUAUCGGUAUGUGAACAUGAUCUCAGCGCAACACACUCUCUGAAACCUGUCUUGUGUGUGUCUGUGUGCACGCGCAUUCAUGUGUAAGAACCAAAUGUGCCACUACUGCAUGUCUCUGUAGCCAACAGCACCGUCUGUCUGUUUGGCUGUUGUACACCUGUUGGAACUAGCUGUACACACUGUCACACACACGGACACACACUCACACACACACACUCAUCCCCUCCUCUCUUUUCCAUCUGUUGUCUGAUCAAUUGAUGAGUUCCGACACAGCGGGAAUAUCUAUGUCCCCCUGAGCUGUUACCGUGGUGACUGAAGACCCCACCCCAGGUCAAGCUGUCACUGGCUCUUUUCCUGCGACUUCUCUGUUCAGUGUCUCUGCAUUUAGGCUAAAAACAGAUGGAUAGGUCUUCACUUACUGUCUUUUGGGGGAGUGUACCCAUAAACCUGCUUUCUGUUUGACAGGAAAAAUGAAAAGAGGGGGCGGGUAACACUUCACUUCACUCCUCAGUGAGCUUUUGUUCGUGGAAAUCACACAAAAAAGAGGAUGGAUAUGCACUGUGUAGCUUGUGACACUGAAGUGACUUCCUCAGAGUAAAAAUGGUGUUUCAAUUGUGAUCGUGAAUAAGGUGAGCGAAUAAUGACGGUGUUGAGGAAAUUGACAGUCUGAAAAGCCAUGUGCUCCUGCAUGCCCUCCCUCUAUUCCUUUACCUCCUCCUAUCAUCGUUCUCUCUCUCUCUCCAGCUUUAUAUGCCUUUAUUCACUCCAAUAAGGAAUCAAAUUAUGAGGAGCUACUUUACGCUGAAAGCGGUGAGAUGAAACUCAAGCUAAAUUGAAAUCAAUUCUGGCACCAGUAAAGGUUGACAAAUUGAAAGGAGAAGAAAUAUUCAAAUUCAAAUUUUCUCAAAAAGCAACAAGCAGUUUCUCGCUGAAAAUUAAAGUUUAGGCAGAUGAUCUAUCCUGAAUAUUUUUGAUUAAAGUUUGCUCGGGUCUAAUCCGUUUUCAAUCCAGCAUUUGUUCUCUAAACAGCUCUGCUCAAGAACUUACUUAAAAAUCUGGAGGAAUUUAGAUCAGUGUUGAACCUCUGGUUUAAACUUGAAUCUUAUUAUGGUAAGAUAUUUUCCCUGAAACUAAACCUUACUCUUAGUAAACUCAAUUGUGUUUGCAACUGAUAUUUUUUCUUGCCAGAUGAAUGUAAAAAUAUCAGUUGCAAAAAUUACACCAAUACAUUACAAUGACGCAAAUCUUCUUUUCACUUGAAAAACUAUAUUUAAUAUAAGUUAAAUGACUAAAUGAGGUAGCUUUCUUCUGUUUAGUUCAGUUCAGUCAUCAGUAAGUGGAGUAUGACAUGCUGAUUGCUAGUCUUGGCUUUCCACUAUAGAGUGUACACAAAAUUAUAAACAACACCUACCACAAAAAUCAUCCAGUGACAAUAAAAAAGAUACAUGGAGGUGAUAAGAUGCUGGAAAGUCUGUUAUAAUCUUUUUUCUGUGUUUUGCACUUCAUUGAUGUCUCAGAAAGUUGCUUGUAAGGGUUUUUUUGGAUGUGAAGGACAGUCACAGCGAUUUUUCUCUUCCCAAAGACAAAAACACCAGGAAACAUUGGAAAGUUUUUAUGUUUUCAGAAAAAGAACAAAGCUGUUUGUGCCCACCACUUCACUAAUAACUUUUUUUCAAGCAAAGGAAAGUACGUGAUGAAUUUGAAACUGAAUUGUUUCUGAAACCUGGGGGUGUUCCGUUAAAAAAUAUCUACAUGACGACGUCCGAUGAAUGCUUAUAAUCACACACUGUAUGUCACUAUAACAGCUGGUGAUGUAUAGCUAAAAUAUGCUAGCAUGGCUAAAUGGGGAGCUAAGUGGGCACACUUCAGACACAGCCUUGGUGUGAAUGCUUGCAGGAUUAUAUAUUUCUUUUUAAUGAGCAUGGGAAAGGAGAAGUGUGGCCUUGGAGUUGGGACUGAUACUAUUCCGCUGAAGCCAUGCAACUAGAUGAGUGCUAGAAUUUCCCUCACAAACUGUUUUCCCAACAGUGUGGGACUGAACUUAUCAGCAGGAACCUGAUGAUGAACUAAGCUGUCUUUGUUUUCCCAGUACAGACUACAGCUGCAACCUUUACCAUAUUUGGAUACUGUCAUGCCACUUGUGAGAUGAUGUUAGUGGGCAGUGGAGUCUGUUUCUCACUGCAUAAAGGAUGUGUAAAAAUCUGAGUUCCUCAGUCAGAGGAAGCUGCCUUUGUUGUAAGCUGCUGACUCCUUGCAAGUAAAACAUUUUGAAGACAAAGAAGACCACACUCUCUGUUGUUCUUCUCAGCUGGCUGCAAGUCAGAUGCAGUAUAUUUUUUCUGACAUGCUGGAAUGAGGGUUUCCAUAGAUGCUGUCGUGGAAGUUUUUCUUUUCCGUUGCUGCUGGUGAAUAAUGAAAUAGAGACUUCUGCCGGCCGACAAGGUUUUAUUUUCUUUGCAAAGAAAAGGUCGAUCUGGAUCCGAGCGGGUAGAUCAGAAAGGACCCCGAAUCUAGGGGAAUACAGAAUAUUUAUACUUUUAGGACCGCCUCCCAGAGGGCAAGGAAUGGGGCUUAGGUGUUGGCACCUUUUGUUGUCUGUGGGGACUGUUACUUCACCCCCCUGGGGUGGUGGUGACACCUGAAGCAUCCUGCAGGAUGUUGUCUGUUGAUGUCUAGACAUGCUGAUUAACUGAUAUGUUGAUUGGAAAGUCUGUUGUGAGGGGCACUUCAAGCAAUUCUUAACAAAGACAUUAAAAUUACAAUUACAAUGCCAGUACAGGAUUAAUAAGAAUCUGUUUUGAGCAGCAAUUAAUGCAAAGCUUUUUAAUAGUUGUCCGAGACUGACUUCAUGAAAGGUGAAAAUGAGUAAAAUAGGUCUCAUUUAAAAGUCACCGAUAGGCAGACUGUUGUUACCCAGAUAGAUGUUUCCCAAAAUCUGCAAAACAUUGCUGAAUUGCUAUUACGUGCAAUUUGCAGAAGGGGUGUCAAUACCAUGGCUCUUAGAAUCAGUGACUUUUGCUCCCAGCAGCUGUGUAAAGAGUAUUUGGUAUUGCCAGAGGAGAGAAGUGACAUAUCACCCAUCUCCAUACAGCUGCUGUAUGUGACGAAAUCCACAACGAUCCCUACAAGCAAAGCUGCCACAUCAGAGUGGGUUAGAUGAUCUUAAAUUGGGCAUUAAAGCUGGUGGUGUUUGCGUCUUCAGAAGCAAGCCAGAAAAUACUGAAAACAUAUAAGCAUGUACCAUGGAAAUAGGCUUACCAUUUAGAGACUGAAUUAGGAUAAUGGAUUGGUCCCAAAUGGGCUACUUCCAAACACUGUUGGCUAUAUAUGAGGACCAUUAAUGAUGCUUUAUUGACCCACUGGAGCAAAUAAAUGUAGACCAUGGACCAGUGAAAGCUGAGAAUGAAUUUGCUUGGCCCCACUAGGGAAUCUAUGCCCAACGGUGUCCUACAUUGGUGUGCCAGGUUCGGAGAAACUACUCUCCCAAAAAAUGCAUAAUGCAGCAAAAGCUAUUUGUCAGGCAUGUUGAUGGUGCUGAAUGAAAAACACUGGGAGGUGCAGUGUUUAUAAGUUCUCGAGUGUUUGUUUGUUAAACCACCAUUAUAUGUGGUUUGAAAGCAUCAAAAUUCAUGAGCAGGUUUUAUUUUUUGGCAAAAGAAAGAGUCUGCUCUUUAUUCCACGGUUUCUCUGCUAAGCUUGAGUUAUUUUUUUCCCACAGGCCAUGCGAAUCUUAAGCACAGACAUAGUUUUUUCUCCUCUUUUAAGCUGGUUACAAGGUGAAAGUAUUGAAAAUCAUCGAAGGGACUGCUUCAUAAAGGCUGCUCAGGUGAACAGAUGAGUGUCCAAGACAAAUGUUUAGAGAAAAAGAGAGAAACUUGGUAAGCAGCAGGUAGUUUCGAAAAAAACUCUGCUUCUGUUCUGAUCAUUGAGGAGCCAUGUGGUGUUUCAUCAGUGGCAGGACAUGUAAGGAUGUAAAACUAAUGACAAAAACAGACAGAGAUUCAAUCAAAUCCUGAGCUUUAACACAGAAACAGUGUCAAUCAGGGAAUUGCAGCAGAUAGAUGCAGUUGGUCUACCUGUGGAGACCCUGACCUACAGAAAAUCCCCUUUGAGCACUGCAGGAGAGCAGCAGGGGAAAAAAAUUACAUCAUCAAAGGAUCUUCCCAUCAAUCAACCACAGAUUAGCAUUAACACAGUUAUGUAACCAUGCAGCAAUCAUCCUUUAGCCUGAUCCAUGAAGCAAUAAAAAUGAAUCAAGCAUUUUUAUCAGGCGCUAAUGUAGACUACUUUUAGAAGUCCAAUAAAGACAAUUACGAGGUGAAUGAGGGUUUACAAAGGGCACUGCACUGUUUUCUGAGGCCUUUUAGUGCCAAUAACCAGUGUUGUUGUUACACCUUAAAACAAUCAAAUAAAAGACUCUACUUUAUACCAACACUCGUAUAACCAAUACAUAUUUAUGAUGAUACAAUUCCUUUAACACAUACAUAAAUUUGAUUUUAACCUUAAGGUCUUUGUCUACGAAAUCCAUUUGAUUUUGCAGUGUCCACAGUCUCAUUUUCAGAGUGCUGGCACAUACUGUUGCAAAGUUCCAAAAGUUGCCCCUCUGCAUUUCCACCUCUAGUGGUAGUGACCAUUAAUUCUACUUAAAAAUGCUUUGCACACUUUCUUUCAGUUGCAUCCUUAGACUGUAUAUACUAUGGACAACUUGGUUCCGCCUUCUACCAGUUUACGGAUUUGAAGCUGAAAAGCUCUCGGUAAUUCCGCCCAUUUCCUGAAACCAACAUUGCGCAGGAGCGUUGUACGCACUCCACCACUUGGGCAGUAGCAUUGUGCGCAUUUGGUGGGAGAGUUGCCGAGAGUCGCUGUGAUGACGCUCGACUCAAACAGUGUAUCCCCCGGGUGAGCUAUGCAAUCCUUGUAUGCCGAUAGGCUGUAAGUGUCAAUCAUAGAAAACAUGAACCCCCUAAUAACUUUGAAAAACGGAGCUGCACAGAAAAAAGAGGACUUGAGCACAAACCAGUCUUUCAAUAACUACAUGUCAACAUUGCAAGAAGGGGGGAGAAACAUUUAUAUUCUGAGUAAUAAAUUUCUAAAGUUUGUCCACAGUCCCAUAAACUUUGCUGGAGGAGGUGGGAUUUAUGACCUAUACUGCAGCCCAUCACCAGAGGGUGCUGUUCUCAGGGUGGCUUCACCCAGCGAGGAGGCAGACGGCGUCCAUUCUACAGUCUAUGGUUGCAUCACAAAGAAACCAAAUAACUGAUAGAAACAGUAUUAUAGGUUUUACAAUAGUUCUGGCUUUAUCAGAUACAGAGCUCUAUAUGUUGUUGUGUAACAGACACCUAACAUCUGAUGACACAGAUUGUUUCCAAAGAAUGUCAGUCAGGCCAAAGUUUACAGACUGUGACAGACUGGGACCUUUACUGGAAGCAAAGUCUGGAUGCUGCUGAACUCUGCGAAUGGAAAAAGCUUUGUCAUCAUGAGUGUGUAAAGGUCUCAAAUAGAAAAAAGAGAGGUCUAGCAGACAUGCAUUAGAGCUUGUACUAACGGUAUAAUCUAGGGUGAUACUGUUCUAGUAUGGUACUUUGGCUGUGAAUGCAUUUGUUUUUGUUUUUGUGUUGAAUCCUGCUGUCUAAGAUAUUUGCCCUUUGAAAUACGGUGUCUCUAACAGAGCACAGAGUGAAGUCAUAAUUCUGAACACUUUGUACUUCAUUGACAUUUUUUGGAGAACAUUUCAAAGUAAAAGAUGAAAAAGGCUGGAUGCUUAAUUUCUUUGUUAGUCAACCAAAGUUGGCGAUUAGUCUCAGCAGUAAGAAAAAUAAUGGGAAAAGAACAGAGGCUUGAUUGUUAGUAAGUGUUUCACUUUAUCACAGCUCAGGUAUUGGAAUUUGGAUGCUUUUCAAAAAAUGUGGGAGCUUUUUCAUCCAGAGGACUCUCAAAUCACUUUUGUCUUAAUGUCUUAACAGAGUUUCACUCACCGCAGUUGCGCUGUAGUGUGUGACUAUCAGUGUUAAAAAGUGGUGAAAAUGUAAAUAACUUCUAUGUGAAUCGAUGAAUUUUAAAAAGUUGAUACUGAUUGAUUCUGUCUAUCUCUCUUUUUUAACAGAAGGCGGAUAGAUCAUUUACCCAAAUCAAUUAUUCAUUCUAGCCAAAGAGCAAUAAUUAAGCAAACUGACUUACAAACCAACAUGCAUGCUGAUAUUCAAUCAAUAAGGUCAGUAUCUCAAACUGUCAACAUGAGCAGCAGUAACACUUGAGCUCGAGUCAGAACUUGAACAACUUGUGUAUGAACAUUGGGGGUUCAGUGUGUGUGUCUGAAAGAGAGAGUGAAAAGGAUGAGGCGGGAGUUGAAAAAUGAGAAAGCACACUGUGGGAGGCAGGGAGGCUUAUAUUAACUAAACCAUCCAGAGCGCUGCUGUAGGAGUUGCUCCACACAACCUCUUAUUCAGUCAAGACAAUCCCUUGUAUGCUUACCACCCACUGUGCAGUGGGCCACCACGGUAGAUAUAUAAACUCUUCAUCCUGCAGGUUUGUGGGGAUGUACUGUAUGAUAUAUUUUCUCUUUUGACUUUUCCCUUACAGAUUCAGAGAAGUGUGAUUGCAGAAAAUAGGUGCACUUAAAGAAAAUGUAGCCUAUUCCUAUAGUGCUCAUAUUGUGAGUUUCUGUAGCUGUAAAAACUUUAUUAACAUACUAAACUGAAUUUUUCUCGUUGAAUAAAUCUCAGAAUAUUACACAGUAACAGUUAUUUAUGUGCAUGUGAGCAGUUCUGUCAAAAAGCAUGAUAUUGAAGGGAUAUUCUGGCGUAAGAUUACGACCGCAUGAUAGCAAUACACAGUGGUCUGAGGAGCCAUCAACAAACCUCAACCAAAACGUCACUCUAUAGCCACAAAUAAUGCUCAGAACAGCACCUAACUUCAUCAACAGCACUAUAUAGGGUCCCAGCCACCAAACAUCUUUUUAGAUUUGCCUGAUUUCUUCAGCAAAGAGACUAAACACAACUCACCUACUCUCUUCCAGCAGCCGCUUGUUUGUAGCCAGUUUAUUAUGGACUGCUGCGGGGUGACGCAGCUCAAGGAAAAACAUUUAUGAUCAUGGUAUAUUGGUAUAACUAGAGAAGCAAGCAGUCGGCAAUAUUCAUCUCUCGAGGGGGUGUCUGACUCGGUGUUACGUUGUGUUUGACCCUGAAUUAAUUUUACGCUGGAAUAUCCCUUUAAGGUACAUACAGAGUACCUUUAGUCCAAUAAACUGAUCAUUUUCACCCUGUGCGCUCAUGUUAUUAACCUUUGUAAAUACAGCAUUGAUAAUAACUUCACUUGACAUUGAUCAGCAUUAGUUUUGGUCAAUUUAACAGUAAAGUGCUCUCUGAUUGUGUGAAUAAUGUUCUCUCUGUUUCACCAAGAAAGUGUAUUUUUAUCUGUGUUACACUGGGACCAGUAUUUUUUUAGUGUGAUAUAAGACAGAGUUGCUGUGUUGAUUUAUUACAUAAAUUUUUGGAAGGUUGAGUGCGUGGUAUUAGCAGAACAUACUUGGUAAAAAUGGAAUAUAAUAUCUAAAAGCAUGUUUCAAUUAGUGCAUAAUCACCUGAAUAUCAAGAUUAGUUUAGCUUUUGUUAAAUUGGAUUGAGCAUUUCUUAUCUACAUCAGAGCAGCUGUGCUAACCACAGUAGCACAGAUAGGACUUGUAAGAGCCACACACAUGAUGAUAACAAAGAGUUUCUCCUGUUUACACUUUCUGAUGGUGAAUUCUUGGCUAAUGGAGGCUUAUACUUAACAUGCAUCACAAGAGCUUCUUGUUUUCAAAGGCCUGCAUGGUUUCAAGGAUGUGAUGGAUGAGAAAUAUAGCUCAUCAAUGUAGACUAUGACUGCUAGAUAUGACUUAAUAUUCCCAUUUCUACUCACUUUACCUUGAAGUCUUGUUUUCUCUGUAUAAGAGCUAUUUCAUCAUGUGGUUUGUUUGAGAAAAUGUGCAAACACUUUUCUGAUGGCAUGCUGUGGGUAAUUGCAGCCACAUUAUAUUUUUAUAGUUGAAUCAUAGCAACAGCUUUUAUCUCUGUGGUGUAGCAACACUAUCCCACAGUCGGCUAAAUCAAUGCUGUCGAUGUUGAAGCAUUUUCGUUAGCUUAUUACUACAACAGAGGUGUUUUAUGCUACUGAAUAUGUUAAUUGUGAUGGAGCAAAAAAGGUAUUUUCUGUUUUCAUCACACAUGGAAAGAGACAGGAAACAUAACCACUUACCGAACAAGUUUUUACUCGAUAGUUUUCUUGUUCCCUCUAGAAAAAAAAAUCAUUUUCUGCAGGACUACAGUGGCUGUGUAACAUUGAGAUUUGCCAUUUACCUCACUCCAACUAAUCUCAUCAGUCAGGAAUGUUUGUGACACUGAGGCUAAAAGGUUUCAGGGUGCAAACAAACAUAGCCUGUGAUUAAAAGAUCCACAAUUCAAUCAGGAAUUUACUAAAUACAGCCUGGAGCUAAAAAUGAAAUGGCAGCACAGCUAAAGACAACAACGAAGGAUUCCUUUGUCCUAUCAUUUUAGGGGAAAAAACCACCCCAAAUCAUUCAACAGAGCAGUAAUAUGAAAGUGAAGACGGAGUGAAAACUACGUCAUUCAUGUGUACAGAAGCUGCUGCAGUGUCUGGUUCUAAGGAUGUAGUUUAAGCCACAAAAAUGUCCCAAAUCCAUGCCUAACAAAGUCCUUGAAAAUCAAAGUGAUGUAAUGUCAUACUGCAGCAUUUAAUUUAUAGACUAUACUUAAAUGACGCACAUUCUUUUGUUUUAAUCCAUCUCAUAAUGUGUGUUCCUCCAUACUGCUUAGUACUGCUGGAUUUUCCCCACCUGAUGCAACAUGCUGCAAGUAAUGCUGCUGAUUUUUACUCACUAAAACUUAGAUGACUGUAUACUGUAAGGCACAAUAGUUUUUUGUUUGUAGAAAACCUCCCACGGGGUUUCUUUUCUCGACAUAAGCAUGUUUUUUGAACCAAUUGUCUUCAAACACAUUAAACAGAGUUCCUUAAAGAUAAAGAAUCCCCUUAAAUGUUUAUUUUUGACACUUGACGAAUCAUUUCGGUGCGUCAUUGAAAACAUUUUAAGCCCCUAAAUUGUACAUGCUUGCAAACUGGGACACCUUUAGAAGCUGCACCCCCACAUAGAUGUCUUUAAGCUUUCUGUGUUAGUCAUACACAUAAAUUCUGUGGUUCUAUAACACUUCUUGGCUGGCAAACACUCAUAUAGACAACCUCUGUCAACCCACUACAACUUGCUUUUUUCAGUGUAAAGCUAUAAGGAAAAAAAGCUAUUUUUGGUACUAAGUCUUUUUGAUUGUAACACGUGUUUGAUCAUAAUAACAAGUAAACAUGAAUACUUUGUACAGUUUUGUGAAGGACGGUAUCUCAUCAUGCACCAAAACUCAUGAUCGGAGACCCAUGGGUCCAGAUAACUCAGUCAGUGUUAUUAAUGUCAUUAAAAUAGUCAGGUGAGCUCCUAUCACAUCAAUUAGCACUUUGACAGUGAUAUGAAGCGUACGUCACCAUGCUCUCAGUAUCACAGCGUGAUGGGUGUCACCACAGCUUCGUCACGCAGCAGGAGGAUGCCAGUUCUGCAGGGUGUGUCAUUGUUACUCACUUAUCAUGGCUGACAGCUCAGACCAGGCAUCAGCUCACUUCACGACGCUGUACGUCUCACAGUGUGUGUAUUAUAAACUAAACUUCACAUACAAGCAAGUUUGGUGUGGACUUAAAGUGACUUUAUUUUCUUGUGGGCACACAGGGAAAACUGUCAGAUGUGUGUGUAUCCUUGUAACCUUGGAUUAGCAUAGAGAGUGAUGCACAGGGGGAUAAAAAGUUUUAAAGAGAGAUGAGAGUGCCAGAGGGCUAUGAAAUCUGUAUAAUGUAAAUUUUAGAUUUGUUUGGCAGAUAAAAGUAUUUGACAAAUAAAAAAUGGAAAACUGCACUCUAGUUUACACUGUCGGUUUAACCACUAAUAUCGUAUAGUAUGUGGUUUAGUACAGGGGUGUUAAAUGCAAUGAGUACUUUAAUUCAAAUCAUAAAAUAGGCCUCAGCUGGUAAAAUAACAACACAUGGAUAAAUGAAACGUCCCUCAUUACCGAGAAAGGAAACGACAGGGAGAAGAUAAGCUGUCUGCCAGUGUCUUUAUUUGUGCCAGAUCAGCCAUGUGUUGUGCUUCCCUCAGCUGAGCUAGACUUGCCAGUUUUUUGAGAACAACCUUCACCUUCCUCAUCUCAGAGGGAGCCGAUGUCCAGACGAAGCAAUGUGAGUAAAGCUCUGUGAAGGAGGACAGUGGAGGUUAUUGGAUAUUUUUAAGAGUGAAUUCAUGAAACUUUUAUCGUCUGCAUCCAGACUGCGUGUGAAAUUUUCGUUCCUCUACGGCUUCAGUUGAGAUUUCCAGCUGUUUUUGACAAUCCCUACCAAAGAGGGGCCUGUUCAACUGUGAAAUCAGUUAAAAUCAGUCUGAAAAUAUCAAUUACAUUUUAAUUUGUUUUCAUGUUUAAGAGUGUAUCUCCAUGAGUAGCAGAGAGGGAGAGAGCGCCAACAAUCAGAACAUGAUGAAACAGCUGUGGUAGAGCUGGUCAUCUCUCAAUCUCAAGGCUGGUGCUUUAGUUCCAACACUCACAAUCCACAAGGUUCACAGUAUCCUUGGACAAGACACUGAACCCCUGAUUGCUUUUCUGGGUUUCCCAAAGGUAUAGCCAGCAGUGUAUAGAUAUUAUAGAUGUAGCUGCCAUCAGUGUAUGAAUAUGGUAUGAAUAAGUGAAAGAUAAAAGUCACAGAAAAUCACUUUUUAUGGUCCAAAAAAAACUAGAAAAGGGCUCUUCAUGAGGAUAAGUCUGUGUACUUUUUACUUUUACAUGAAGGAACAGAAAUGUAAGCUAGCAGUUCAGACAAACAGAUGAUUUUCUGCAUGAUGUAUUAUUUACCCAUUCUACAGGGUCUACUACGUCCCAUUUUCCCUUUACAUUUAGUGCUUCUUUAAGAGUUAAACACAAGGGAAUAAAAUGACUGAAAAAAUGUCUCUUUUACUUUGAUACAGUAGUGGAAAAUACACUCAAAUUUUUUCAUAAUCUCAAAUAUUAUUAAAUAUUUGCAGAAUUUUUUUAAGUGUGGCUUUAUCAUCAAGACACAAAGAAAUGCAAAUUUUUUGUUUUGUUUUGUUUUUUGUUUGAUGUUAACAAGAAAAUCUAACAAAAGUAAAAUCUUUGUAAUUUGUUGACUUUGAUACAGUCAGUGUUGAGAACUGACAUGUUGAGACUGUCAGAGGAUGUGUUAAAAACUGAACAAAAAAAUGAAUAAGCAAUAUGAUUUGUUCAGUGUUUUUCUGUCACUACUAAAAGAAACUACACUCAGAGACCUAAGAGUGAUUCUUGAUGUAAUAUUUCAUGAAUGAAUGGGGUGUCUGAUAACUUUUUCCUCUACUAUAUGACCUCCUCACACAGUUCAGCACCAUGGACAGCUCAACAGCUCUCUCAUAUUUGCAUAAGGAUGUUUAUCUACAUGUUCUAAUGGAGAAGAAUAUGCAGCAGUAAUGCACAACACCUAAAAAUGUCCAGGUUUAGAAAGCUUUUGGAGUCAGUGACACGUUGACACUUCACCACAGCUGUUUUUUGCACUUUUUCAUUGGCCUCAGGUUUGAACACUCCAGUAUAUGUUGCUGCUUGACUGUAAUGGGUCUUUUUCUUAUCUGGGGACAUGGAUACUCCUUAACCUGUUUGGCACACUGGGUUUAACCAGCUACCAAACACUAAAUUUAAAAACACAUGAUAAGGUUUGUAAGGACUUGAAAGGGCCCCCCAGUUAUUUGAAAACACUUAACAAACAGUCAUCACAAAACAUGACCUAGGACUUCCACCCAAUACCAGAGGAGUACCACAGGAAGCCAUUUUUAGACCCUCUAUCCUCUAGUCUCCAUAACAACUAAAGAGCAGCCAGAACUGACUAAUGGUCUGAAGAAAGAUUGAGAGAUGGAGGAAGCGGCGGAUGAAAUGACAGAGGUGUCAGUGAAGGAGUGAUGGGAGGAAAAGGAGAAAAGACAAAAAGCUUAGAAAAAAACUGGAGAAAGGUAGGGGGAGGAAAACCAAAGGGGGGAACAGUAAGAGGUGUUAAACUCAUGAGAACAAUUCUAUUUCUAUAUUUGUGUGGCUGAUGACGAGCUAUUUUAAUCCAUCUGCCCCUUCUUCCUCUUCAGUCUCUCUCUCCCUUUCUCUCUCUCUCUCUCUCUCUCUCUCUCUCUCUCUCUCUCUCUCUCUCUCUCUCUCUCUCUCUCUCUCUCUCUCUCUCUCUCUCUCUCUUCUGUUAAUUAAAUGACACGCUGGGUCUUCAACACUAUAGACAGAGCUAAUUCUCACCACAAAAUCACAGGAAUGUAAUUGGGUCUGUGCUGGUGUUUUCUCCAGAUAUAUGAUGUACUCUUGUUUCUGCUAGUUGCUGCUGCUGCUGUUAGUGGUGUAAAUCACACAAAAACACGUCAUUCAAUCCCUGACCUGAGUAACUCUUCUGUGAUGUGUUGAUGACUUCAUGUUUUUGUUUUAUGUAUGAUCAAAGUGAGCUAAAUACGUGUGAUAUGUGAGUUAUCAUUUGGUUCAUCUGGUUGAUUAUGUGGGUGUUUGACACAAGUUUGGACAUGAAAAUAAUCCCUCUUUUUCUUAAGCUUUUUCCAUCUGUCCAUGUUUUUGGUGAGCAUUUAGGUGAAAAGGGGAAAAACGGGUUUUAGGGUCAGAAAGAGGAAAAACAGAGUGCCAGGGUAAUUGGGAACAAGGCUGGAAAGAAAGAAGGAGAAGGAGGGAGUUGAGAGAUUAGAGAUUCAUGGACGAAGAGAAAGAUGUGAGGAGAGAGGAAAGGUAGGUAGGAGGGCAGACUAAUGAGGAAACAAAGGGCGAGGGAUCAGCAGAUGCUUCUUUUCUUUUUCUCAUCAGUCCGGGGCCUGAAGGCCACCGAGGUGUAUUUACAGCCAGGAAGAAUAGAGGAGACAAAACAAGGCAAACAAAGUGAAAUAAAAAACUUUUAAAGGACUCUGUGCUGCUGUAAAGAGGCUGAUUGUGUGUCCAGGCAUGUGCUUGUCCAUUUUCUUCAUGUCCCUGCAGCCUUAUGGUGUCCUGCCGUCCCUCGAUGGAGCUGCUGUUUUUUUUGUUUCUUCUUAAAUAGCAGUUGUCACGGCCGUCCACCCACACAGGGAAGCAGCCAAAAGCCCCUAAAUAUAUCCCUGUUGUUUUCUCUGCUUUUCCUAAGACCCUUGUGUCCUGUCUCUCCAUAUCUUACCACUGCAGCCAUCCUUCAGCACAUUGUACGGUGGCCUUUGUGUGUAUCAUACAGUAUGUGUUUAAGCCUCCCUUUUUGACAGGCUAUGAAGCAUAAAAUUAAAGCAUUUAUGUGCAGUGGCAAUCCCCGUGUGUAUUGUACUCUUCUUUACGCAGGUUUGCAUCAGUUAAUACACUUGUGUCUGUGUUAACCUUAAUCUUCGUAGGAUCUUGGCUGCAGCUGGUGCGCACAUGAACAUAUCUGUAGACCUAAGAACCCUGCGGGCCGUGAGAGUGCUGCGCCCCCUCAAACUGGUCUCAGGCAUCCCCAGUGAGUAACACACAUUAUUACUUUAAUACCUUCAUUUGUGCCACAGGGAUUUGGGCGGUUUGCAGACAAAUUAAAUAUUCUCAUUUGCUUAGGAGUGUUUGUGGGGCUUAAAGUAAUUAUACAAAGAUUUAAACAAAACUGUCUGCAAAGCUUUUCAACAAAUAAAUGCAUAGAUUGAGAAUUAUUAAACAUGGGACACAAAUCAACAUGAGGUAUUGGUCUGAUGUUGUGAUUUAAAAACGAUCAGCAGAAUAAACAUCAUGCAUGUUUUAUCAACACUUUUAUAUCCCUUAAUUUGUCUGUGAUUAAAAUGAAACUCCAAAUUAAAAAUAGUUGGGACAACUAUUUAAAAAAUCUCAUUUUGAUGGUGUCAUAUAAAAGCAGAAGAUGGUGCAAAGGAAACAUAUAUAUUGAGACUGAUUCAUAAAAUAAUUAACUAAAUGUUAAAACUGAUGCCAGCAACAUGUUUCAAAAAACUGUAAAAAUAUGUUAUACUAAAAAAUCACUUUGAGCAACACCUUUAUACUCUUUUGGUAAAUUUGCACAAGGUUAAUAACAUGACUGGGUAUAAACCUGGCACUCCAGAGACGCUGAAUGUCUCAGAGGUAAAAAUAUGAGGAGAUUCACCACUCCAUGAGACUGCGUUCAACUUCAGAUAAAUACUUCAACCAGAACCAGCAUAUUUUUGACAUAUCAUUUAAACUGGUCCAUUUUCAGUCAUGUGAGCCAUUAUUAGUUUGAUUUUUUCAUCAUUUUAAAAUUUUGUUAAACAGUUAAGUAUCAUGAACAUUCAUAUUCCUCUGUGUGAUCAUUUCCAGGUCUGCAGAUCGUCCUGAAGUCGAUAAUGAAGGCCAUGGUUCCUCUGCUGCAGAUCGGCCUUCUUCUGUUUUUUGCAAUCCUCAUGUUUGCUAUCAUCGGCCUGGAAUUCUACAGCGGCAAACUGCACAACACCUGCGAGUCACAGCCUGGCAUACUGGGUACACACACAUGAAGCACGCAGAUAAAUUGUGCAUAUUUUAUAAAUGUUAAUGAAGUGUAAGUUUGCAGAUGUAAAAAAGAUCAGCGCAAUUACAAACAUCUCCUCUUGUGACUCCACAUGUGACUCACACAUCUCCACAGGUGUGUGUAGCCAAUCAUAUCAUAGUUAUAUUUUUCAUUGUUGGAUCUAAUUUGAUCUGAAUUGCUCUUUCAAAGAAGGAAACAGUGUCAACACCUCUGUUACUCACCGAAGGGAGCAAUUUAUAGAAAGCGUUUGCUAUGGUUUUGAAUGAUUAAUAAAUUUAAACAGUGGAAGGAUUAGUUUAUACCUAUUUUUCAUAGGUAACUGCAGCGCUAAACAUAAAACCAAAGAGUCAAUGCUGUCAUUUGAUACUGAUACGUGUGUUUGGCAUGGAUUGAGCUUUUUGUAGUGCCUCUGUAGUUGCACUCUCAAUAAGCUGCACCUGGUGACUCGAUCAAACCGUGCUGGAAGUAUUUUCCAUCAUAAUUAAAAUCAACAAUGUGAUGCAGUACAAUACCUCAUUGUACAUUCAGAGCUUCUCCUGUCACACUGAAACUAAAUGGACGGAUAACAAAGAGACUGAAGAGUCCGUAUUAUGUCACCGAGCGCUCACAUCACUGUAAAAGCAGACACUCUGCUGUGUUGGAGAGUUCUUAUUGACUUGGAUUCAGUUUUUUAAGUACAACGUGACAUUUGGCCAAAGUUCAAGGCAAUGAAAUCAUUGUAGCACAACUCAGUUGAACAAAAGUGACAGUCAUGUAGGAAAGUUUGAACUUUAAAAACCAUUUGCAUGAGAAUAAAAGACGUCAUCUGCUCAGAUUUUGUGCGUCUGUAUUUUAUUGAUUCCUCGAAGUUGGUGUUUAUUUGGUCAGAGAAUAUGUUAAUACUGAGUUUGUUCUUCUUUGUGUUCAGCAAAUGAGACGGUGGACUCCUCUGAAGUGGAGUUUCCAUGUGGCGUGCGUCAGUGCCCACCCAAAUACACAUGCAGUGACACCUGGAUCGGCCCAAACGACGGUAUCACGCAGUUUGACAACAUCCUGUUUGCUGUUCUCACUGUCUUCCAGUGCAUCACCAUGGAGGGAUGGACCACUGUACUCUACAAUGUGAGACAGCACACACACAAACACAUCAGACACAUACAUAUCCGUGCACUUGUGCUUUUCCGUGAUAUUUCCCUCAAUUUGUUAGAAGUUAUUGGAGUGCAGCAGUGAUUUUCUACAACUAAUCAAUCAAUUUUUAUUUAUAUAGCGCCAAAUCACACAUGAUGUUUUCCAAAAGAGCAGGUCUAGACCUAACUAAGACUCCAUUAACUCAAACAAACUGAAAGGGUCUUGGGUUCAAGCACACUGGUGGAUACUGAUUGGAGGUCUGCAACCCCUGUAGCCCCCGUCUGCCAAAGUGCCUGUGGUUCAGGGACAGGGAGUAGGAGAGGUGAAACUACAAAGUGGUUUCUUUAUUCCUGGUCUGCUGUCUGCUUGCCAAUUUCAUUCUUUCUACCCUGAGAAAUGCAUUACCUGCUUCUGCUGGCUUGCAAGACCUGAAUAAGCAACAACAACAACAACAACCCACUGUCGCGACUGGUUACAAAAUAUGGCACACCUGAGAACUUAUUACUGAUGCGAUAAGGGUGUAGUGCCUGUGGACAUUUUUGUACUUUCCCCAAAAUAAGUAUGAGGAGAAGAUGAAAGUGUGCUUUUUGCCCAGAAUUAAACACCUAGAGCUAAGAGUGCGUAUUACUUAACCAAGGUUUCAAACAGUAUCAAUGCAAUAAAGAUAAUUGUUUUUUAUAUUGCAACCAAUAGUAGGGGUUUGUCACCAAGCUUGACUGUAGGAGGAGGUAAAGAUGGAUGGCUAAGGGCAGCACAGACCCGCCUUGGAUAAUGAAGCAAAGAGAUUCCCCAAAAUCUUGACCUGAUGGGCCAUUUGCUUUAUUAGAGGCAGAACUUAUGUUUAAAUCUAUUGAGCUAUUUCGACUGUGCUGCAACAGUUGGCCAGUAUUUGCUUUUCCAUGUUCACAUUUCCAUUUUACGUGAGCACUUGAGUUGUUGUGUUGGACAAAAAUCUAUUUCGGUUCUAAAAGCUCCUGUGGGGGGGCUCUUGGUCUGUAUCAAUUUUUGGCACACAGCAGUCUUUGCUUAUUUUGCUUGUGUAUGUGCUGUUAGUUUUUAUCGACAGAAAAUAUCACCCGGCUUUUUCUAAAAGUCAAAUACAUUACUUAUGGAGAACUUCUGCUGUGUAACUUGUAAACAAAAAGCUGUAUCAGUAAAGCGCUUGGUCCGACACCUUCCUCCCAACCAGUGGUUCAGAUAUAAUAGCUGUAAAGAAAUAUAUCUCUUUCACUUCUAUUAGUAUAAAAAGAGAUAACAAUAUUGAUUUCAACUUCAUCUCCCUAAGAUUGUAUCUCCAUGUUAGCCACCUUAGUUGAAAUAUCCUUUAUAUCUUCAAAGCAGUGGUUCACACAACACAGCAGUAAUAAAGUUGUAUUUAUGUAAUACUAAAAUGGAAAAUGGUUUGAAAGAAAUGUGCAAGAGAAAAUCUGCUCAGAGAGUGAGUGCUGUAGCCAGACACAGAGUCAUUUUCUGCUAUACAGUCUCUGUCACAUGGCGAUGAGAUGCUGCAGCGUGCUUUAUAAGUGUCUCUGUCAGAGUGGUGGGGUUAGGCGAGCAGACAGUAUGGAGACAGGAAGGCAGCAGUGGCAGGUAGUGGUACCAUCUGCUAAUUUGAUAUACUGCAUCUGCCGCCUGCAAAGCCACCCAAUAAAACAUGUCAAACUGUGUUCACACUUUUCUUGCUCAGAAAGAGUCGCUGGAAAAUCAAAAUAUACAAGUAUUCAUACGGGGAUUGGGUUUCUAAAAGCUUUUAGAGCAAGUAUUCAGCUUUUGAGGGUCGCAUCGAUCCAUUUCUUAAGGUGUGAGGAACUCGUGUGGAGUUUUGCCAAAUCUGGUUAAGGAAAGUUUUAAUUGAAUUGAGAAAACAAAGUGACAACUUUAUCUUCAAGGACAAACACAAAAUGUUUCAUCAAGUCUUUAGCAAAAGGGUUUUAGUAUUAAGAUACACAACAGACAGCAACAGUAAACAAUGUGAAACAGUGUAAUCUGUAACCAGACUCUGCCUCUGCCUGCUCCUACAGUGUGUUAUUGGGAUAGUGAAGGUAGAAAGAGUUCAAACUGAUUGUAUUAAAUGAUUUAAAGCAAGGGCGUAGAAUUGGGUAGGGACGCUAGGGACAUGUCCCUACCAAUAAUCAGCUGCUACAGUGUAGUCCCUAUCAAUACAACCGCUGUCCGUAGUGUUUAAUCAGUGAUUAUGACACACAAAGGGUUAACAGUCGGUCUAUGUUAGAAGUCCCACCUCUAACCUGAAAUAUCGCUUACGUACAUGUGAUUGGCUGUCCCCGCUGUCACUACAUCUGCCUGUAAAAUAGUGACGGGCACGGCAGUUCUUUUUGAUGUACUAAAUCACUAGAAUCAGUUCACUAAAAGUUUCGUUCAAAAGAUUCAUUUAUUGAAUCACCAAAUCAUUCAGUUUUUGGCAGGAGGCGCCCGUGACUCCGACCUCCUGAACUGAUGCACAGCUGAACGGUUCAGGGUUCAGUUCAAUUCAUAGCUUCUGGCAAACAGGUUUGUAAAAAUGAACUUGUUUAUAAGUCAUGAUGUUUUAAGUGUACUGUCCUACAGUAUGCUAUUUAUCAGGUCUGCUCGGUUAAUUGGGCUCAGUGAGGGAUUUGUUCACUAAACAUUUAGAAGAAUUCACACUGAACAUGCACCGUUCCCUCGCUGCAAUGAUAAGAUGCUGCAGGCUUUAUUCACUACUUGUUCCAUGCUGUAUCCUAUUGUAUGCAAGUUGUUGUGGUGGCAAUUUAGCAGUAAAGAAUAAAAAAAGUUAGUUUUGUCCUACAAAAAUGUAGAGAUUGUAGUUCAAUGCGUGAUUCUUUUACCAAGUGAUUCAGGCGUCGGUGCAUGCGAUCCCUCUUUCGCCGGCUGCUCGCCUGGCAAUGCUGCGUGCUACAGCAUCUGCCCUGCUAACAACUCAACUUAAGUGAAAAAUGAAAGAUUCAGUUCUUUUGAAUGAAUCGUUCGUGAAUGACACAACACUACUGUAAAAGUUACCUGCUAGUUGAACUGGACAGGAGGCAGACAGUGCAUGUUAUCUGCAACCGCUAAGUGUAUGUUGUCAAAGAAAAAAAACAAACUUUCAGGAGGACAAUUUUGUGUCCCCACCAAUGUCAAAAUCAAACCUACUCCCUUGAUCUAAAGUCAUACCAAAUAAGAAUAUACACACAGUGAUAAAUGACAAAUAGGUAAUAUGACUGCUACUGCUCUUCACUCACUGUGAUGAUGUUUCCUGUCAUCACUGAAAUACACAGAAACUUUCUCAGGUUGAGUACUGUUAAAAAAAUAAAGCAAACACAGUCUACUCUGUUUCUAUAUUGGCUUCAUACAGUAGCUUCUCCUCCACACUCUUUGUGAGUCCAGAGUAGAUCAAUAAACACUAUGUCUCCGUUAGAUGGCCCGCCUGCAAUCUGACUGGAGCCUCACCUACACUUUGGUAUUUCUGUUUAGCGUUUUACUGAAUUUGGAUUUUAUUUUUGAUGUUUCAGACCGACGAUGCCUUGGGCCCAAACUGGAACUGGCUUUACUUCAUCCCUCUCAUUAUCAUUGGCUCAUUCUUUGUUCUGAACCUGGUGCUAGGAGUUCUGUCUGGGUAGGUCUUAAUUUCAUUUCAUCUGUUUAUUUUCAGGUUCAAGCUUACCUUCGUUGACAGAGGUUUACAAAUCUUUGGCACUGAAUUAUGAUUAUUUUUUCACUUUGUAAAUUUUCAGAGCAAAACUGGUAUUGCAUAUCUGUGGUGGCCCCAUUUUCUAUUGCAAUCCCUCACAUUUUGGUCAUUUGUUUAUUGUUAUUUCUGCCUUAUGAGUUGGUAUAAAUUGUGCCAUUAAGUUGCAUUUGCCAUGAUAAUUUAGAUCACAUUAUCUAUCAUGAUAAAUAUAUGAAUAUUUAUGUUACUACCUGUGCAAAUUCAUCUCUUUGCUCUCCUUUUUAUGCCAGAUUAUCAGUGAUAAACAUGAUUAUUUUUGUCUUUUUGACUCAUUAUAAAUGCUUUUUCUGGUGCUGGUUCCCUGAUGUGCAGCAACAGAAAAAGAGUCAUCUUCAAAAGUAUUACUCAGUUGCAUCAUUGAUUUUGUACGCCGCCAAGCUAGACUGAAUCUUUUGCAAAUUGUGCAUACUCAGCCUUCAAGUCCUCCCAAGGCUACAACAAAAGGCACACACUGUCCAAUGAAAGUAAACUAGCUUCAGCUUUUCAGUCCGUCUGCAUUUGUUGUUCAGAAGAUGACUCAGUGUUACUUUUUUCCCUGACUGGUUGAGUUGCUAGCUACUGUCAGUCUGAGCUCUGCUGCUUCAGCACACAGUGUCUAAGACUAUACAAGUUAAUUAGUUUUAUAGAAAGGUUAAUUAAGGAUCCAUUGUUAUUAUCUCCUCAGUGAAAAAAGAGGCCUUGUUUGCCGUGCUUCUUUUUCUCUUCCCCUCUUAUUUUGUUGCUGAAUGAACAAAGCGAACAGCUGCAUUCAAGACAGCAACAGCUUAUUCCCCACUAACUGUCUCAGAGAAAUGUAUUUUGUACGUGUAAGUAUAAAUCUCUUUUACUCUAAAAGAGCAAAUACGUGUGCUUUGGUUUUGGUUUUGCAGGGAAUUUGCCAAGGAGAGGGAGAGGGUGGAAAACCGCAGGGCCUUCAUGAAGCUGAGACGUCAACAGCAGAUUGAGAGAGAGCUGAAUGGCUACCGGGCCUGGAUCGACAGAGCAGGUGGCUUUAGUCUCAGACACAGCUCUAGGAAACCGAGGACUUGGCUUUGGAUUUGAAAUGGGGAAUCAAUAUUUCACUUUUAGCUUUCAGACAAACUCUGUCAAUUGUUGAACAGAGUUCUUCUGUGUUGUUGUUGUUUUGUUUGCUCUUCCUUGAUUGAGUCGUAAAUAUUGUAACUAAGGUUGCCUGUUUCUCUUAGUGUCUUUGAAUUCCUGACUGUGGUUUGCCUUUUCAGAGGAAGUGAUGCUCGCAGAGGAGAAUAAAAAUUCAGGGCCUUCAGCUCUAGAUGGUAAGUUAGAAAAGAUCUGUCUGUAUUUUUCACUGGUGUCAUAGUUCAUGUUGUCUUUCUGCAAUCCUCACUCUGCUUUACCUUCUGUCUCUAUUCCACACAGUCAGGUUAACGCUGGCAUGUAGUUAAAAAAUACUGCCCUUUAUAUGUUAAAAACUCUUUCAAAUGAAACAGAUUUUGACAAUUCCAAAGUGCUCAGCUUAUACAAUGAUUAUGGUAAAUACUGAUCCCUUUAAAAAUGUCCACAUUUAAGGUAAAGAAAGCAUUAACACUGUUAGCGUAGUGCCAUCAUGGGGAGUGUUGUUGGCUUUGUAGUGAAUGUCCAGCUGUGCUGUCCUAAGUCUCGGCAUUGUAACUGUAAGCAUGUCCAGAUGCUGAUGUUAGCAUUUAGCUUGCAGCAUUGUUAAACAUACAGCUUUAAAAAGCUGCUUGCUUGACUUUGGAGACGUAGAGCUCUUAAAUUUCACUCCAGAGCAGGAACAUAUCCAAUGAAACCUAAUUUGACAUCGGUCUCAAAAAGAACAAAUGCAUGUAGAAUACAGUGCCCAGCAUAAGUCAGUAAACCCUUAUUAAACGUAAUGUAUUACUCAAUAUCCAGAUGAGCAAAAGUACAAUUUCCAAAGUUUUGACAAAGCUGAGUUUAACAGAACAUUUUAUUUACCAGAAGAUGAAAAUAAGGGUGAUAUGGUAACUAAAAUUUAGCUUUGCUCCCAGAACUUUGAUUAGAGUGUACUCAUUUUUGCAUCCUGAUUUUAAAUUGAAAAAAAUACUUGUUUGUAUGCAACUUCAAAAUCAAUGGCCCUACAUUUGGGGGAGUGUUUUGUUGUAUAAUCUGACAUAGAAAAUGUUGAUUUUGAAAGGAGACGAAAGGUUUUCUGACAAAACUGAAGGGGUGUACUCAUUUAUGCUGAGCCCUGUAUCAACUCAGGAUAAUAUUGUGCUUCUGUGGUGCAUUAACUCACUAGCGCAGAUCUAAAUGCUCUUUAAAAUUCUGAAGACAUAAAAAAAAAGUUUUGAUAGUGUUAAUCUGCCUCUACACACAGACAGCUUAAGUCUCUCGACCCUUUCUACUCUGCUGAACUUUGAUCUUUCCUCCUCACUCAACUGGCAGAGCUUUUAUUAAAUGUUCAUUGAUUGGCAGCUCUCAGGAGUCUCCCAGAGUGGAGUACAGGUGGUGCAUAUGGUGAGAACCGCCCUCUGCUCUGCUCUGCUCUCUCCCUCAUUCACUACACUACCUCAUUUUCACACACACUGCCACUCAAAUGCACUUGAGCAAACCCUUGUACACAGACGAAGGAAAGUAAAACAUUCUUCAGUAAGUUUCUUGCUCAGAAAGUUUCCAAUAGUGAUGACCUAAACUAGGUAUCGAAGGCAAUUCGAAUGUGCAGUAAAAAUAGACAUCUCAUGCUGCUGUCAUGGAAAUAAAUGCAGAAGCUCUGACUCAAAAGAAAGGUGGUGCACUGCGGUUGCCUCGGCAACCGUUGGUCUGAAAAGGCAGCAGCAUGCAUGUGCUUGCAAUGUGCGAGUGUGUGUAUGCGUCGGCAGGACCCGGUGUUCCCGCCUUUAGCAAAUAGUCCUGUAUGUGUGUGAAAUGGGAGCAGCAUUUAUUUUCGUACGUGUGUGUUUCUCUGUGUGUUUGAUCAGCAGCUUAUUAAAAAAAAUUCCCCUGACAAAUAUUGACUGCAAGUAAGAUUCAGAAAUCACAGGUUACCAGGAAGGUGCUUGAGGGGGGGAGAGGGUUGGAAAAGUAAUCAUAAACACAUCUGUCAGUGAAAAAGGUCAAUGCAUACUCAUUGCACCCAUUGCAGCAUGUGUGCACGGCACGUCCUGUCCCCCUUCCCGUACAGCAGCACUUGAACGCAGCUCAAUUAAAAGUAAUGCAUGGGCCGUCAAGCCGCCUCUGAGCAUGGUUUGCCAUAAGAGAUCAUAAAAUAGCAGCAGAAGUUAUAUAUUUAGUUGUUGGAUCAUUGCACAAACAUUAAAUUCUCAUUUUUAUCUCAUUCAGCUGCAGCGGUAAUAACUUUAACUUUCACCUCUCGGCUAAAACUUCGCAGACGUUCGAUUUUCAUGCUGAUAAUCGCCGCUGAGAUUUCUCUUUGUCAUUUGCUUUAUCACUUUCUUUUCUUUGUUUUUACAGUAUAUGCCACAUUUGAACACUGCCUGAGUCUAUCUGUGAGUGUUUUUAAAUGUAAGGGUGUCCAUACAAAAGGCACUUCUCUGGGCUGCGUGCACAAACAACCGGCAAAAAAGUCGAAAAGUGUCCUAUAAACACGAUCAGGGCAGAAACUGAACAGUGUUUUGUGCUAAUGUUGCCCAAAGGUCUGCUCUGUAUCACCACCUUUUAGUAUGUUCCCUUGGUUUUCACAGGAUGUAAUGUACAUAUAUGCAGUUUAAACAAUUUGUUGUGGGACAUUUUAUUGUCAAUGCGCUUUGAUCUGCAGUGUUAAAGAGGGCCACCACCAUCAAGAGGAGAGGGAUGGAUGUGGUGCAUCGAGGGCAACCAGGGGAGGAACAAUAUGGUGACAUCUCCUCUGUGGGUGAGUGGGAGUCUGGACAGAAAAAUAAAAUAUGAGCUCAUAAAGAAUAAGCUUUACUCCAGUUGAACACACUGAGCCCUGCCGCAGCCUUUUGAAAAGUACAUUUCAUACUCUCGGGCUGAUCCCCACAGGCAUCCCCAUGGCCAGAUCAAGUAUCAGGAGUGCCAAGCGGGGGCCAACUGCAUAUUUUCGCCGCAAGGAACGACUCCUUCGCAUCUCGAUUCGCCGUGUGGUGAAGACACAGACUUUCUACUGGACAGUGCUGGGCCUUGUGGCUCUGAACACGUUGUGUGUAGCAAUCGUGCACCACAACCAGCCUGUGUGGCUGUCCAACUUCCUCUGUGAGUCCCACUUUACUUAUUGACAAGCGGUCUGACUGUUGAUACACGUGUAGCCUGUGACUCCAUAUAAAGUCAACGAUUACAUCUCAAAAUGACCUCGCUUCUCGUUUCUGUUUCAGACUAUGCAGAGUUCCUGUUCCUGGCUCUCUUCUUGACUGAGAUGUUUCUGAAGAUGUACAGCCUCGGACCACGGCUCUACUUCCACUCUUCCUUUAACUGCUUUGACUGCAGCGUCAGUGCUUUCUCUCCCUAUCUUUAUUUCUCAGAUAUUUUGUGUUUGCUUUAGUUUGUAUGCAGCAUAAGCAUCUCUGGCUCUAUAUCUGUCUGUGCAGCGUUAUCUUUUCUCUCUGUCACCCUGUAAAUGAUGUCAGAAUAUUCUGAACGCUCAUUUAUUCUCUGUUAUUUUAUAAGAGAUCCAACUCUAUUGCCUACAUACUUUCUGAAGAAUACAUCUUUUUAUAUCUUGACACAUUUCUCCUUAGGUUAUUGUUGGCAGCAUCUUUGAGGUGCUGUGGGGUUUCUUCAGGCCAGGCACUUCUUUUGGUAUCAGUGUCCUGCGUGCUCUCCGUCUGCUGAGAAUCUUCAAGAUCACCAAGUUCGUACAGCAGCCCUCCUCACUCUUUACCAUCUGUUGAGAUGCUUCAUUUUAUUCACAAGGGACAUUUCGCUGUUAGGAAGCCAGCAGCCGUGUAAAAUAGCUGUGCUGGUGAUCCUUUUUUUUUUUUUUUUGUAUUUAAAACAGAAGGAUAAAACUGUGUUGUAAAAGGAACGUUCAAGAUACAGUUUUUUUUCUGUAUGUCUUUGUGAAGCAAAAAACCAAGUAUAUCAAACACUUUUAUCAUCCAGCUUAAAACAAGACAAAGUAUGAGAGAGAACUUGCAUCUAUACGUGUUUUCCUCCCACUGUUUUCUCAUGUAAACGAGGAAAUUCAGAUGUUUUCUCAAGAUGUCAACAUCACACCAGAUGAUCAAAAACGGUAUUGCUAGACUUUAGGAUUUAUUUCAGUAUAGUAUGACUGAAAGGGCCCCUUAUACCAUACAUCAAGUACAUUAUACAGAUACACUCUUCAUACAAAUAUCAACACUUUAAUGUAUAUUCACACUUCAAAUCAGGUAGAGUAAUGAACAUGCUUUACACUUUACAUUAAUAAUUUACAAUAAAUCAACAGACAUCAUUUCUCUACAGUACUGAGAAAUAACAUUAUUCUUGUAAAGUCUCUUCACUAGAGUAAUACUACAUUUUCUAAUUUCUACCAGACAGUCAUUCCAUAUUUUCACCCCUUUUACAGACACACAAAAUUUUUUGACAUUUGUUCAUCCUUUUGGUUACUCAAAUAAGACUCAGCCUCUGAGGUUGUGAUUAGAGUCCCUUAGUUCAAACAGGUUCUGGACAUGCUGCAAAAACACAAAUCAAAUGCAGAAAGAGGCUAAAUUUGCCUUUAUGGCAUGUCAUGGUCUGCGCUGUAACAGCUACCCGCCUUUUAUUUCAUUCUCUAGAUUGCCAUGAUCUUAUUGUGUCAUGAGAAAACAGGCUUUCUUAUCGCCUGGUUGUGCAGGUGUGUGCCUACUGAGCUGACUAAAAUUCAGCUUCACACCAGCUUUAAAAUAAGUUUGCUGUUACCUUUUACAUCUUAAAUUUAUUCAAAUUUCUUUUACAUGAGUAUCAUUUUGUAAUAUUUUUGUCUGUUAAGGUACUGGGCAUCUUUAAGGAACCUGGUCGUCUCUCUGAUGAACUCCAUGAAGUCCAUCAUCUCCCUCAUCUUCCUCCUCUUCCUCUUCAUAGUUGUCUUUGCACUCCUCGGCAUGCAGCUCUUUGGUGGCAGGUAACAUCAAAUUUUCUCCUCCACAGUCUUUUGAGAGAAAUAUUGACGUUUUUUUUUUAAUCCUUGCAUUAUUCCACGUAAGUCGUUAUUGAAACUGAGGAAAGCAGGAAACUGCUGAGGCAGAGAGACAACUCUAAUGAGCGUAGCAGCAAAUUCAGACUGUUUUAUCUCUCCCAUUUGACUGGAUGCACAAACCCUGGAGCUCUAUUGAAGGGACAUUCUCAAACAUUAAAACAAAGCUGAAGUAGACUUUGUGGAUCGAUAGAUUUACUCUUCGUGAAGAAGACACAGUUGAAGUCAAGAUAGAUCGUCCUGGGUUCUGUUUACUGUUGUUUUCAUUUUAUAGAGACAGUGUGUGAGCUACAUUGAGAUUUAAGACCCAGACUCUGUCGCACAUAGCUGUUGUUGCCUGGUUUCCCUUGAGUCGAAGGCUGUUGCCCACAAGCUGUCACUUAUAUAUAUUCUGGCCGAGGUAGACACAAACUAGCCUCCAGAAUACAGAGCACAUAAAGAAGAGAAAAUCAUCCACCCAGGGAGGAGGAGAAAUUGAUUUCUCUCAAUCCAAAAAAAUAAAUACAAACUAUACCUGGCUCUGCUUUUCCACUGACUGUAUGUGUCAUGUCUUUCUCACAGAUUUAUCUUUGAAGACUACACUCCAACAAACUUUGAUACCUUCCCUGCAGCCAUCAUGACCGUCUUUCAGGUCUGAAAAUAAACUCUGACAAUUUAUUGCUCUCUGCUUCACACACAUUUAUUACAGCAAAUAACAAUGUCCAGGAGAGAUGAUAUAGCACAGCUAAGGUUUUCUUCUGGAUGGUUUUGUAGAUGAUAUUAUGUAGUAUUAUUGGUGAGUGUUUUUUUUUUUCAGAUCCUGACUGGAGAGGACUGGAAUGAAGUAAUGUACAAUGGCAUUCGCUCUCAAGGAGGAGUGAAGUCUGGAAUGUGGUCCUCUAUCUACUUUAUCGUGCUCACGCUGUUUGGAAACUGUAUCCUUUGUUUUCUGAGUGAAAAUGUUUACAGUUAAAGAUUUAUCAUUUAUUAUACCUAACAUCAGCAACUUAUAUGGCAUUCGCUCUCAAGGAGGAGUGAAGUCUGGAAUGUGGUCCUCUAUCUACUUUAUCGUGCUCACGCUGUUUGGAAACUGUAUCCUUUGUUUUCUGAGUGAAAAUGUUUACAGUUAAAGAUUUAUCAUUUAUUUUUAAUAGUUUUCUAUGCCGUUGAUUUUACCUACCAUCAGCAACCUAUAUGUGGACAGAAGUUAAUGAGAGUGCACAGUAUAGCUAGGAGAGAUGCUGACAGCUCAUCUCAGUUUCAAUCAGAUGCAAAACUGGAGCAAACUGCACAGAGCUGCAGACACUGUUGGCAUAAUUAGUGUGAAUAGUAAACAAAUAGUGAGGUAAAUGAUGUCCACGCCUUUGUUUUAUCAGUGGCCUCAACCCAUUCUUAGUGAGUUUCCCUCUUAAAUGUGUGUCUGUUUCCAACCAGCUGAGCUGCAGAGGUUUAAGCUGGAUUUUUUAUCUUCAGUGGGAUCAUAAGUGCUGCAGUACUUCUAUCUGUUUUUGAGUCUUCUCAUGGUUGUCUGGUUGCAUUUUCAUCUGGUCCUUAACCGAGCUAUGACCAGACACUCUGCUAAAUGUCUUCUUGGCCAUUGCCGUGGAUAACCUCGCCAAUGCACAAGAACUUACCAAGGUAACAGAAAUGAACAGAAGUAAGGUUUUAAAACUCACUAUUGUUAUAGUUUUUUAAAAACACACAUUUUGCUCUUUUUAACAGGAUGAAGAGGAAGCAGAGGCUGCUUUUAACCAGAAGCAUGCCCUCCAAAAGGCAAAGGAGGUUGGACCAUUGUCUUCCUUCAUGUCUUCAGAGUAAGUGCUAUGUCCAUCCACUCUCUCUGCCUAACCAGCUCUGUCCCUCCUGUCUCUGGGUAUUAUCAGUAUAGCAUAGCAUAAGUCAUCCACUAUGCCAACACUAGAUAUGAUUUCUGUGGCCUCCAGCAAAGAGCAAGUCUAUGAUUUGGUUCACUAUGUCGACUUACUAAUGAAACCUGCACAUGCAGAGCAUUUGUCCAUGAAGGCUAAAGGCUGUCAAUGAGGAGCACAGAGAUGUGCAUUUAAGUGUAGUGCCUCUUGACAUAAUUUUAUGCUGUGAGACAUAUUACCAGUACGUCUUCCCUAUCUAGCCUCGGUCUGCUCCCAGCACUGUCAUUGCUUCAAACUGAAGUCAAAUGUAUGUCUCCAUGGUUACUGGUUCCACUCCAAGAUGGGAGGUUCUUCGAUUGUUGUUAUGGAGACAGGGCUACUUUGUGUCAAAAUUAACAUGGUGUGUCCUUUGUGGUAAUGUAUUUAAGUUUUCUGCAAUGUGGACACUGUAAUAGGAGGAGGAGGAGGAGGAGGAGGAAGACAGUCGAAUAGAGCGUGUUGAUCUGUUGAAGUUCUCUGUAUAAAAUGUGAUUAAUUUGUGUUUUCUCAAUGCUCAGAUUUCCAGCUCACAUAUAAGAUUUAUUUUCCUCAGGGAUUGUUUGCACACUAUUUUCAUAGGUGGUGGAGGUGCAUGUGCAUGCACAAGAGUGGGGACCUCUGUGUGCACGCUGUGUAAUAAGAAACAUGCGGUUUGUUGCAUGGGCAUGUGGAAAGAUUUGCAAGAAAGCACUCAAUAACACGAUUUUAUGCACCUUCUUCUCUCAAUUUUUGUGUUUUAUUGCUCUCACUACUUAUCCUAGAAUUUUCUUAGUGAAUUAAAGUCAGAGAAAGAAAAAUGGAGAUAGUUUAAGAGUAGCCAGCUGAAGGUCAGGCUCCUGUCAGAGCCCAUAGAAGAGACUGGAAUACCAGGGGGUCAUCCAGGCCACCAUCGAUAUUCAGAGAGGACACUCUAACCUUUGAGGGUUUCUGGUCUCAUCUCCUGAUGUCAGCUUUAAAACCCCAGUGGUCUCUGACCCUGCCGACCUCGGAGAAACUUGCAUGACAGCAUUCGCUCGAGGAAAAAAAAAAAAAAGGGUGCAGCAUGUUGGAGGCUGAUUAUGAUUUCACCCUAUAAACGCAUGAAUCUGGUCGAGCAUGAUUUAAAGGAUGAAAAACAGAAACUACACACAACUAAAAUGCUUCUCAUGAGCUGUGAAACAAGAUUUCCACAGACCUGCAGAUUUGAGAAGAGUUUUGAGUGUGUGUACAGUUUUUCCUCCACUGUGAAGUUUUGAAAGCCUCCUCCAAAUGCUCUUGAGAGGUGUGAAUAAACUGAGUGAACACUCUGGAGCUAGGCACAGUAAUUUUCCUUAUUUAGCACUUUUAGCAUGUCAAAAAAAAAGAGCUCUGAGGUUUGCUAGUGUGUUUGCAGCUGCAUCCCACUGUGGUGGUAACUUUGCACAAAGGGUAUCGAUGUGCGCCCUUUAUGCGCUCUUUCUCCCUGUGUUUGCUGAUGGAGGCCAUCUCUCUGUGUGUUUUUUCCUUCUCUGUACCCAUACUGCAGCUCAGACUGUCAAAAAUGUCAGUGUAUUUUUAAAAUGUCUUUUUAUCAAUGUUGCGCUUAAUGUUUAUUAAUGUUGUUUGAUUGCUUCUAAUACUGAUACCAUCCUGUUUGUCGCUGUUUCGCUUAGUCAAAUGGAGACACACAACAAACUGAAAGGUCCAAGGAUUUGAUAAAUAGUUUAAAGAAAAGAUGUCAACGUGGAAAUAUCCUGAUGCAACAGCUACCACAGCAUAUAAGACGUGUAUAAUUCAUCUGUGUGCUAAGGAGCGUUGUUUUUCCAUUAGAGAUUUGAACAUGAGGAACGGGCAUAUAAACAACAAAGGACAACUGAUUUGCUGUGUGUCUCCUGGCCUGUUUUGUCUCUGCUAGAAAAAGCACUAAUGUCUUGUUUUCAACCAAUCGCUCAUUGAUAACACGGACCACACAAGAGUCCUCGCUCCAGUAAGUAACAGUGUCUGUUUAGCUCUCUGUCUCUCUCUGUCUCUCUCUCUCUGCCUAAUGCCUGUCUGAUUUUCUAAACACUGGUAAAUGUCUCAUACUCAUCCUGUUAAGUAUUCUGUCCACAGUCUGUCCUCUCCUCUGUCCUCUCACGCAUAAUUCAAUUCCACAUUUUCUGUUUCACUGACUCUAUUCUGCAUCUCAUUCUUUCUGUUAUUGGAGUUUGCAAAAUAACUCCUGGCUUGGUUUAUAUCACCAAACAUCGUCACUGAUCCAGUAAAUUGUUUCAUGUUGAGAUGAAAACUCCAUUCAUUGAACAUCAGCCCAAAGCAGUUGCUGUGUUCUGUGAUAUUUAUUUUUAUGUAUGAACAUUUACAUUCAAAAAGACAAAGGGAAUGUAGAUUGAAGCAUUUUAGAUUGAAUCAAAUAGGUGUAAAAGCAGAAUUAUGUUACAAUCAUCGCAUUAGGUAGUUAAUUUAAAAGUUAUAUUCAUUGAGUUUGACCAGUUUCUUGCUUUUUUAUUCCAGCAUUUCCUCUUUCUUUCUCUCCUCAGGGGUAGCAGGAGGAGGCGUCCCUACCUGUAUAGAAAAAGAGCCAUCCACCGCAGCCGGCCCACUUACUCCUGCUCCCUGGACGAAGCCCAGGGUAGCAUCAGGGAGGGUCGCCCACCCCCACCACUCAACCCCUCUAACUCUUUCAUGUCCAGGAGAGAGAGGAGAAAAAGGAUGACCAUGUCGGUGUGGGAGCAGAGGACCAGCCAGCUGCGGAGACACCGUCAGAUGUCCAGCCGGGAGAUCCUGUUCAACAGCCCGAGCGAGGAGAAGGACGGGCCGUCUGCCGCUGGACGUCCUCUGUCGCUGCACCGCAAGGCCAUGGAGCACACGAUCUCAGGGAGUUUGAAGCGCCUCACUGACCCCUUAGCCUCGCCAGUGAAGAGUCAAACAUUAGGCUCCUCUAUGUCCGUAGAUGCUGCUCUCUGUGGGGACAUACCUGAGCCGCCGUUGUCUGUUCUUGUGCCGGAGUCAUUGGAUCCUACAAAUAUCCCACAAACAGAUGCUACCGGAGCCAAUCCUGAGUCCAUCACCGAGAGCGGAAAGCUGACUCUAAACAAGAGUCACAACACCAUCAGUGAGCACAGGAGCCCCAGACUGAACGGCGAGCGCCAACACAGGGCAGUGAAGAAGUUCAGACCCCCAGAUAACCUCGACACACUGACUCCUGAGACUGGGAGUCAUGGUGGAAUCAGAGGCAGGAGGCAUCACUGUGACCUGCAGACAGGCUCCAGGAGUCAGGGGUCUUCACCUGGGAAUGGAAGCCACCUGGCAAGUUUCCCACUAAACAGAGAGAGGAGGAGGAAUCCAGGGAAAGAAGAGGGGAAGGAGACAGAGGUCAAAAAGGAGGAGGAGGAAUCCAAACCGGAGGGGAGCAGGUAAGCUGGACGAACAGCUUCACAUAAUUCUGAUUUUAGAGAUGAGAAAAACUGAUCAGAGUUUCUCUCAUUUCUCUCAUCUCCCUGAACAUUUCAUUUCUGUCGGAGCAUUUUAGUUAUUGAUACUUUUCGAAAACAAUUUUAACAAAGUUUUUGUAUUGUUUUGUUGUUUGUUUUCUGGAAGGUAGUUCAGGUUGAGAGUGUCCCCCUGUGGUGCUUUUUGUAACUUCUUUUAAUCCUGUUGAAAAAAUGGUUGAAUCCAGAUAUUGGUUGUCCUAAUUUCAUCCUGUUCUCAGCUAAGUUUCCACACUGUAACUCAGCAUUCAUCAGGUAGCAUCAACUAUACGUACAAACAAAACUUUAGAGGAGAUUAAAAAAGAAAUGCUCUGUCAGUUGCUGGCUAUAAGUGUUAUAUUUGUACCCAAUUCCUGACGAGAACUUGAGUUGUUGUCCCAUAAGACCUGACAGUUUUCCUCUUUGUCACGCUGCCUCAUUUUUGCUCUAUUCAUGGCACUGUUACUGUCACACAUAUGCAUAUAGUUUCUCCCUAUGGAUCCAGAAAUGUGCUUGUUUUUUUGGAUUAUUGCCCAUGCCUCUUUCAGCUAACUUAUGUGAAAGGGAUAUUCUGGUAUAAAAUUAAUUCAGGAUGAAACACACCGUAACACCGAGUCAGACACCCCGUCGAGAGAUGAAUGUUGCCAACCGCUUGCUUCUCUAGUUAGACUAACUUUAGUAACGACCGCAUGAUAGCAAUACAGAGAGGUACCCGCUCAACCAAAAAGCCACUCUAUAGCCACAAAUAAUGCUCAGAACAGCACCUAACUUCAUCAACAGUACAUAUAGGGUCCCAGCCACAGCACUAGCCACCAAACAUCUUUUUAACUUUGCCUGAUUUCUUUAGAAAUGAGACUAAACACAACUCACCGUCUCUCUUCCAGCAGCCACUUGUUUGCAGCAAGACCUCAGGCCAGUCCAUUACAGACUGCUGCGGGGUGACGCAGCUCAAGGAAUAACAUUUAUGAUCAUUACUUUAUCGUGUCCUUGAAGUAAUAAUCAUCAUAUUAAACAAUUUGCACUGCAGACGCGAUAGUUCUUCUGCCUUAGCGUCUCGGUCUGAUUGCAUUUCCAUGAGGAAAUGGUCGUAAAUGUUCUUCCUUGAGCUGCGUCACCCCACUGCAGUCGAUGGACUCACCUGGAGGUCUCCGUACAAACAAGCGACUGCUGGAAGAGAAAAGGUAAGAUGAUGAAGUUAGGUACUGUUCUGAGCAUUAUUUGUGGCUAUCGAGUGGCUUUUUGGUUGAGCGCUAGAGAACCAAGCGGUCGACAACAUUCAUCUCCUGGCAGGGCGUCUAACUCGGUGUUACGGUGUGUUUGACCCUAACUUAAUUUUAUGCCAGAAUACCGCUUUAAUUCAUUAAUCUAUGCGCAUCAGUGUUUUUGUUUCUUGCUGCUUUGGUAGUACAGAUUCACCAUCUCAUAGUUCCAAUAUAACUGUAUUACUGUAAAAUCCAACUCUCUUUGUCUCCAGACAGGGUCAGAAGAGUAAAGAGGGAGAUAAUGAGCCAGCAGAAAACCAGACUCACACAGAUGACCCAUGUCCAGAACCUCCUCAGCAAUCAGAGCCGUCUCCUCCUGCCGUCCAAGGGAACAACAAGGAGGAGGAGGACAACGAGCUGGAGCAUGAGAAAUCUCAGCUCAGCUCGAGCGUCAUUAUCGACAUGCCAAAUGUUCAGUCUGCUCUGGAGCUCUCCACAAUCACAGGUAACACAUCUGCUGGAUUUUUGCUAUCAGCUUAUGCUCGACUACUCAUCAGUUUCCACAACCUACAUCUUUCCUACAGAUGGGUCUAAAACUGGAGGAAAGCAUGGAUGAUCUAGAAAUGUAAAACUGCUCCAGAUCUGUCAGAAAAUAUAUUUUCCAAAUAAAUCAUAGAUGAAAAUUAGGUCACGCAGUUUCACCACAGUGUUUCAUUUUAAAUCUAUUGCACCUUGGGUAAAUCGUUGCCUCCACAGUUUAGGCAUUUUGAGAUUCAGUGACUCAUGUCAUCUUUUAGCUAGCCCCCAUAUUUCUAUGAUUCGUCUUGCCACUUCCGGCCUCCAUCUACUCUCAGCUGUUAUUUUUAAGAUAAAACUCUUCUCUGGAAAAGUAAGCUUGUUAGUUUUGUGGCAACUUUCUGCGCCCUCCUUUUAUUUCAUCCAAAGCACCUAUUCUUCUUCUUCUCAUCUUCCACUUCUAACACCUUUCUUUUUGCUCCCUCCAACUUUCCUCAGUGAACAACAAAGACCCUGACACCUGUAAAUCAGAGAUAGAGGAAGCAGAGGAGACAAAGCCUGUUAACACUGUGACGCCGGACAGCAUGUUCAUCUUCAAACCUGACAACCCGUAAGUUUCCAACACCCUCCCUUUUCACAGGAAGCUAGGACCAAGAGGAGUAUUUCUUUAUAAUUAUGGGGGGAAAAAACACCACCGCUCAGACCCUUUCAACUUUUUCACAGAGUUUAACCUUUAAAGUGUUUCGCAUCCAUCUUAUUCAGCACUGCAGGCAGUAGAUUUCAAACUCUCUGUUGAUGGGCUGUCUGACCUCGGCCUCACAUCUUCACUCCACCAUCUGCUCUCCCUCAGGGUGCGUCGAGCGUGUCACUACGUGGUCAACUUCAGGUACUUUGAGAUGUCCAUCCUGUUGGUCAUAGCUGCGAGCAGUAUAGCACUGGCAGCAGAAGACCCUGUGGCCACCUCAUCUGACUGGAAUAAGGUUUCACACUCAUAUAUUAUCUGUCCGCCGGCUGCAGAGUGAAUGACUUUAUGAGAGCCUGCAUAUUCCUACUGAUCCUCAUCUCUUGAGAUAUGAUUUCAAUCACUCGUUAUCACUGCCACGGGUCUAAUGGCUCCCUUCAUCUUCUCUAAGCAGCAGAAACCCCACAAAGAUAAAAGAAAACAUUACUAACAAGCAGUUCCGUUAAUUGUUUUGCACAAGGCUGCUGAUAUGAUUUGAUGGGGGGAAGUUAAACCUCCGAUGAGCGAGGAAAAUGAAGUCUGAGACACUACACAGCGUGAUUGUUGAAGGAUAGAUUAAGCUAGAUACUCGAGACAGAUUCACUGAAGGAUUGCACAGCUUUUUUUUUCCUCCUUAACAUGUUCAGAUGAGACAAAAAGAUAGAGUCUGAUUCAGUAAGCACCCACAAAGGGUAAAACGCACUAUAAACAACGCAGCAGAACAAAUGCAGUCUCUGUGCUGUUUGCCUGUAUCUAAAUGAGCCGUUAUAUUGUGGCAGAGCCGACCCAUCACUCUGCAAAUGAGCUUUAUUUCAACAAACUUUUAGUUCACAAUCACUUUUUCUGUCUGUCAAGGUGGUGACUGCACCACAGCACGUCUGGCUCAAACUUUCCAAUGAUCAUAAUAAUGAUUCCACCUCUGGGUGACCUAAAAAUAAAAUAUCUGCACCGGUUGUCUGUCAGCAUCACCAUGAUGUAACGAUCAUUGCGGUAACAGGAGUUAAAUCAGUUCAGGACUGUGCCCGACUUCACUCUGGCACUCUGUAAUUUUCAGUUCAUGGAGACUUUCUGUGUGUUUUGAUUGGAGGGAGCUUUUGUUAUAAACUUUGAAAAUUUGGACAGGUUUGAGCUCUGUGAGGAUGAGAGCGCACAGCACAGCUCUGCGCAGCAUAAAGGGUCACCUUUUUUCUGUGAAAGUUAGGUUCUUAAUUUGUGUGCUAUAUUCAGGAUAUGUGUCUAAUUUUGUCUUUGUUGUUUCCUGUCACAAUUUUACAGGUUCUGAGAUACUUUGAUUACGUUUUCACUGGAGUCUUCACAUUUGAAAUGGUUAUUAAGGUGAGAUAGUGUUUGUAAUGGUGUGGGACUCUGUUAGGGCUGGGCGAUAAACUGAAAAUUUACCAAUACCAAAAUUUACGACAAUAACUGACGUCAUUUUGCCCAUAUUGGUAUAUUCAGUGUCAAAAAAAUAAAUAAAUAAAAGUUGGUUUUGGAUGUGUGUUGGUAGGCUAUGGUUUCAUGUUGCUUUAAGACACUGUCAGAGACGUGACUCCACCCCUUCCAGUCAGUAACAAAGAGGGAAAAACAGGUGAGGAGAUGGAGGAUGGUUCAAAAGUUGUAGCAGCUUAAGUAGAAGAAGUUAAUGUGAGAGUGGGGUGAGCAACUUAUGGAGUGGUUGUCGUCCAUUUUCGUGUUAUCAAGGUGAACUGCUCAAUAUAUCGUGAUAUUGAUUUGAGGCCAUAUCGCCCAGCCCUAGACACUGUUGUAAUAGACUGAUGUAAACUGUGGUUAUUGUGCUUUGUUGGGCCAUGCAAGCUCUUUAUUCUUUAAAACUCCUGUUAGGAACUUUUGGUUAGUGUUGGUGUCUGUGUACCUUUGAUCUCUUUACUGAUAUUUGUCCUGCUUUUUGUGCAAGUGGUACUUUCAAAUGAAACAUUUCAUCCUUCUGUCUGUUAACAAUGUAAUGUACCACUCAUCAGUAAUCUUUUCCAUGGUAGCUGCAAACAAAGACUACAAUUAAUCACUUCAUCUGACACUUACCUCACCACGGCUGUUUCUAGCAUUAAAAAGACAAAAUCAAAACAUCAUAACUGUUCAUUAUAGUCUCAUUUGCAUUCAGAGCUCACAAUGAGGUAAUCCUUUUGAUUGCAGCCCAUUUGAAAACUUGUUAAAGAUCUAAAAGAAGCUCUUUGGGAACAGUGUUCCUCAAGUCAGGAGCUACUCUUCCAUCUCACCAGUACAAACAGUUUUGUUCAGUAGUUUAGCUCUUUUUCAUUUCAUAACAGUAAACCAGCAAACAAUAUUAAAAUUUCUUGUUACUGAAGGAUUUGUUUUCCCUGCAGAUGAUCGAUCAGGGCCUGAUCCUCCAUGACGGCUCUUACUUCAGAGACCUGUGGAACAUCCUAGACUUCAUUGUUGUAGUGGGAGCACUGGUUGCCUUUGCCCUCUCGUCAGUAACAUGUCCCAUGAACUGAUCAAAUUUUCAAACAUGUAUCAGCCAUCUGUGAAUUACUGUUUAUUCGUAAAAGUUAAUUUAAACUCUUGUGUUCAUUUCCCUCUAUCCUGUUCGUCUCUGUCUGUGGAUGAUUGCCUCUGUGGACCUGACCAUCAGGAAUGUCAUGGGGUAAAAAAAACUUAAAAUUCUUCCUGUUUUAAAACAAACGCCUUUUUAAAAAUGCUUUAAAAAGCAGCUUUUGUCAUAUUAAACAUACUGUGAUAUAUACAGUUGGGGACUACCUCUAGGAGUGUGAAAAAUGGUGCAGCGCUAACUCUCUGUUUCUUUCUGGACAGAAACAACAAAGGACGAGACAUUAAGACCAUCAAAUCCCUGAGAGUUUUACGAGUCCUCAGACCUUUAAAAACCAUCAAGAGACUUCCUAAACUCAAGGUGAGAAAUGAUUUGGAUUCACUCUUCUAAAUGUAUGUUUUGAUUGUGAACAGGCAGAAGGUUAUAAAUCAGAUAAAACAGUCGCCACUUGCUCUCUGCACUCUGUGGUGAUAGAAACAUACAGUAUAGCUUUAAGGUUACUCUUCCUAAAUCAUUCAUAGCUGUGAGCGUCAGAUCUGAGAGCAGAGACAGAACAAGUAGACAGAUGAGGCGAUGAGCCAUGAAGUGACAAACUGUGAGCAUCAGAGCAUGAAGGCAUGUUGUCAGGGCUGAGACCCUAAAACCUCCAACAUAGUCUGCCUACAGGGAGAGAACGAGGAGGAGGAGAAGAGGUGAGAUAUUUCAAAGCAUUAACGCUCAUGCAAACACUGGAAACUGAACAGGGAGACAGAGAGGAGACCUUGAAAGAUAAAUAAACCGGAGAGGAGAUGCAAGGGUUAAUAGACAAGGCUGCUCAAGAAGCAGCUUGAGAACUGUCAGAGUGUGGUGACAGGUCUUCAUUUGAUUGCAGUUAACAAAUCAUAUUUUGUGAUUUAUCUAUUUGUUUAGUUUGUUGACUUUGUUCCUUGAGUGAGGGAGUAAAAAUCCAUCCUUAUACCAAAAUAAACAGGAUUGCACAGCGCUAUGUUAGUUAAAAGUGUAAACACAUGCUUACAGUAAGUUCAGUGACUUUUGUGGUAGUGUUUACCUUGUUUUUCUUGUUAUACCUUCUUUAUCUUACCAAACCAGUAAACAAAGCACCACAUUUUUAACACCAGACAGAUAAUUUAGACAAAUUUCCUCGAAAAAUGAUAUUACUGCAUAAAUCUGUCCAGUUAAAACAAACUAUUGACACAAACCGUGUUUGAGAAAAAUGUAUUUGUCAGUUUUUGAUUUAAUAGUUUGACUCAUGUCUCAUUUGUUCACAUAACGGAGGUACUUUUAUGAUCUAUACUCCAGCCAGUCAGCCAAGGGGGCGCCAAAUGUUCAUGAUUCACGCUAAUGUCUUCCAUCUACUUCUAGAAAUCUAUGGUGAAAACAGCGAUACUGGGCCACUACUUUCAACUGUUUACUAUGGGUGACUGCAGAAAUGUGACGUUUAGACUGAUAGAUACAAAGAUAUGUCAGACUUUUACUCCCAAAUCUCAUAUCAUGCUUUUUCUUUGGUGUAUGUUCAAACUCCCUCAGGCCGUGUUUGACUGUGUGGUGACGUCCCUGAAAAACGUCUUCAACAUCCUGAUCGUCUAUAAGCUCUUCAUGUUCAUUUUCGCCGUCAUCGCCGUGCAGCUCUUCAAGGGGAAGUUUUUCUACUGCACGGACAGCUCCAAGACAACCGAGAAGGACUGCCAGUAACUCUCCCCUCUUUUCCCUUAUUCAGUUUUCCUUUUCUUCCUGCAUCAGUUUGGUCACUAUCAUUCUUUCUUUUUUAAUCCUUCUUUCCUUUGUUUUCUGAUUUGUUUCACUCAUUGAGAUCUUCUUCACACUAUUCUUCCUUUUUUCCUAUUUAUUUUUCCUACUUUCCUUGUCUUCUCUUCUUUUCCAUUUUUCACUGAUCAUUUAAUUUCUAUUUAUUUCCUUGUUUCUUUCAUGACUUUUCUUUUCUUCAUUCUCUUUCGUUCUAUGCCUUUUCUUUCUUCUUUUUCUCCAAUCUUCACUUACAUUUCCUGCUUCUCCCAAAUAUUUUUCUGUCCUCUUUGUUCCUUUUUUUCCAUCUCCUUUGUCUUUUGUUGUGUUUCCUUUUUUCUAUUUUCUGUUUUUUCUUGCUUGGAUUCUCCCCCUACAUUUUCCUUAUAUUGUAUUUUCUUAUUUCUUCUAUUAUCAGUAAAGUUCCUGCUCUUUCUUUUUUCUUUCUUUUAUUUUGUUUCUUUCCUCUUUUCUUACAUUCUUUCUCUUUUAAUUUUUUCCAUUUUUCUUUCUUUCCCUCUUUUUCUCUCUCUCCAAUUUCUUUAUUUUUCUUUCUUUCUUUCUGUCUUUCUUUCUUUGCCCUUUAUCUUAUUUCCCUCAGCCCUAAAGUUUAUCUCUGUCAUGGACUGACACCUCCUGAAGCAUCACCUUUUCUUUCAGAGCUUUUGUGAUUUUGCUUUUUGCUUUUUUUUUUUUGUCUCUUCCAUCAUAACUUUCUUUUCAUUCCCUCUUUUUGCUGUCUUCCUCAGGGGUUACUACAUCGACUAUGGGAAAGAUAAGAAAGAGAUGAAGAGAAGAGAGUGGAGGAGACAUGAGUUCCACUAUGACAACAUUGUCUGGGCUCUGCUCACUCUCUUCACGGUGUCCACAGGAGAAGGCUGGCCUCAGUGAGUGGAGUUGGAGGAUAAGUGCUCAUUGUCGUUAUAAAUGAGAAAACUGCAGAAGCUUUACCUCCUAUCAUUUCGAAUUCUUCAGCCUUGUUUCUUUUAUGACCAGUUUAACCUUUUAGCUGAUGGCUUCUUCUUCGGUGAACAAGUCUGACCUUUGAAGGAAACAUAUAAUGUGUUUAACUUAUAGACUAAAUGGUUAGUUUAUCUCACUUAUAUGGUUGAACUUAAACUCAGUGCUGGUACAUGUAGCAUGAACACACACAGCACUUGUAUGUUGCUUUUAAAGAAACUUUCUUUGGAUAUUCAAGGGUUUCAAUUCAUGAAUGUUUUUUGAAAGGGGUUGAUAUAUUUUCUCAACAUCUGUAAAAGUAUCGGCAUCCCGCUUUCUGCUCCUCCAGGGUUCUGCAGCACUCAGUCGACGUGACAGAGGAGGACAGAGGUCCAAGCCACGGCAACAGGAUGGAGAUGUCUAUCUUCUACGUCAUCUACUUUGUUGUCUUUCCUUUCUUCUUCGUCAACAUCUUUGUGGCGCUCAUCAUCAUCACCUUCCAGGAACAGGGGGAUAAGAUGAUGGAGGAGUGCAGCCUGGAAAAGAAUGAGGUGAGGAAAGAAAGUUUUGCUGUGUCACUCCAAUUCAAUGAUCCUAACAAAAAUGUGAUACAUAUUCAACAUGCUGAUGAUGAUGUUCUUAGAUGUUCUAGUCGGAAAGGGUCAUCAGUUUCAAGUCAAAAAUUGUUGAAGCAAAUGACACCAAAGCGCUAAAAGAAGCCUCCAUAAUAGCAAUCCCAUGAUGAUUUUCUUUCCUUCUUUCUUUCCUUACAUUUUCCGUCUCUCUCUCUGUCUCUUGUUCUCUCUGUUUCAGAGAGCAUGCAUAGACUUUGCAAUCAGUGCCAAACCCCUGACCCGUUACAUGCCCCAGAACCGGCACACGUUCCAGUACCGCCUGUGGCAUUUUGUGGUGUCACCUUCCUUUGAGUACACCGUCCUGGCCAUGAUCGCUCUCAACACCAUUGUGCUGAUGAUGAAGGUGAGGAAGAUCUUUGAUAUUCACAUUGAAGGGAGUGGUGGAAGAACAUUUUAACUGAUUUCACUUUUACCGCAAUGUUGUGUAAGAAGAAGUAAACUUGAGUGAUUGAUUUAGAGCACAAUAACGUUUAUGAAACAACAAUUAUGACAGUUCUUAUUGUUAUGUAACAUUUAGCUCAAAGGAAUACUUUGAACAUUGGCUAUUUUUCACCCUCAUUUCUAUACAAACACUGCAUUGCUUGCCAGUAACAUAUUUUUAGCCCAGUUUGUGCCUGUUAACACCCCACUUCUAAAGUAAACUGAGAUCUGUGUCCCUUAGGCAUAGCUGUGCCACUUCAACAUACUGUAAUCAUUUCAUUUUCGUCGACUGAUGUUUUAAGUUAUGUUCCAGCUCUAGGUCACCAUUAUUUAUUUCUCAUAUCAGUCCUUUCUAAGGUUGUACAGGUUGUUCAGACUGUCAGACAGACAGGCGCGGGGUGACUCAGCCUGUAUUAAAUAUUGAUCCAUAAUGUCCAGGGGCUGCUAUUUAGCAUGACCUCAUUAACUGUGGCUGCCGCCCCCAGAGGAAUGACUCCUUUUAUAGUGCCGUGGAUGAAAGGUACAGAGACUGGAGGACUAUUUAUGGGUCUGGAGGAAUCUUCCAUCAACCUGUAGAUCUGCAGGGUGUGGGCUGGAGUUCACACUAACAUCAGACCGGUGUCAAACACUGCUGUGACCUUUUUUUUUAAUCCUCCUCACACUGCACAUUUCUUAUAGUUUAACCCCUGCUGCCUUGCCGUUUUCAGUAUUACUCUGCCCCGCCGGCGUAUGAGGCUGUACUGAAGCACCUGAACACAGCAUUUACUGUUCUCUUCUCUGUCGAGUGUGUCCUCAAGAUCAUGGCCUUUGGAUUCCUGGUGAGAGAAAACAGGCACACAGAGCAGCCUGAAUGUUUUUAUUCCUAUUCCUGUUUUCAAGUGUACAAUAGCAUCUCUUCUGUUUUUGCAGAACUAUUUUCGGGACACUUGGAACAUUUUUGACUUCAUCACUGUUUUGGGAAGCAUCACAGAGAUCAUAGUGGACCUACAGGUACUGAAACCUCAGAACUAUGAAUGAGUAUCAAGAGGUUUUGAAAUGUUGCACAGGUUCUCAGCCAAAUUUAAGUCUGGAUGUGAACUUUAUCAUCCCGUCCCUGUGUAAAACCUUCUCCUGUUUCUAUUUUCCAGUUUGUUGAUACGUUCAACAUGAGCUUCUUAAAACUGUUCAGAGCAGCUCGUCUCAUCAAACUGCUGAGACAGGGUUACACCAUCCGGAUCCUUCUGUGGACCUUUGUUCAGUCCUUUAAGGCUUUGCCCUACGUCUGCCUGCUCAUCGCCAUGCUCUUCUUCAUCUACGCCAUCAUUGGCAUGCAGGUUAGAUGACAGAUGCUUUAACAGAUUAUCUCUCUCUGGGGAUUAUGCUACAUUUUACUGAAAAUGUUUUCUCUGGUGUGAUCAAAUCUUCAAAAGUCACAGUGUUUUAAACCAUGAACUGUUUUUCUAUGAUUUUUUUUUUAUCGAAUGUGUGUCUGUCUGCUUAAAAUCAGGUGUUUGGGAAUAUUAAGCUGAACGACAAGACUCACAUUACCCAGCACAACAACUUUAGGACCUUCUCUGGUGCUCUGAUGCUGCUGUUCAGGUAGGACUCAUCUAAGAUUUUUAUAUGUUGUUGGGGUAGGUAAAUAAUGAAUUGGCUCUUCACAUCAACAUGCUAAUUGUUGGUAUUGCUUUUAUUUCAACAUGAUAAAAGCAAAAUCUGUUUGGCUUUAAAUGUAUGAAAUGCAGGAAAUUGCAGAUGGCAGGAAGCCUUCAAUAACAACAGAAAAAAAUUGCAGACGUCUGUAACAUCUACAUUAAUAUUCAAAGGCGUUAACUGCUAAGUCGUAUCGCACACACACUGUACCGAAAAUGCAGACACUGCUGCACAACUAGACCUCAAAUUCUGCGUCUGUAAAGCAUCCGGUGCAAGUCUUCAAGCUUUGAUUGCACGUUCCAGAUGGCAGACAAAACUGUGAAUAAACUGUGAGCUGGACUGUUUGAUCCCUUACCAUCCUUCAUCCUCCUCCUCCUCCUCCUCCUUAUGGUGUUAUGCAAUGUCUGUGUGCAGGAGUGCCACAGGGGAGUCAUGGCAGGAGAUCAUGUUGUCAUGUCUGGGGGGACAGAAGUGUGAGAAGGACCCAGCAGUAUCUACCAGCGUCGACCAGGAGGGGGGCUGCGGCUCUGACUUUGCCUAUUUCUACUUUGUCUCGUUUAUCUUCUUCAGCUCCUUUCUGGUAAGAAAGGGAAACUGCAGAGUGAAAGAACAAACACCCCAGUCUUUGUUUCUUACUUUAAAAACAAAGCAAACUCCACCUACCAUAACUAAACAUGCCUGCUCCCCCCUGACUGUACCAUGAAUUUUCUGUCCAGAUGCUGAACCUGUUUGUUGCGGUGAUCAUGGAUAACUUUGAGUAUCUGACGAGAGAUUCUUCCAUCUUGGGUCCACACCACCUGGAUGAGUUUGUUCGGAUCUGGGGGGAGUAUGACCGUGCUGCCUGGUCAGUGCUGUAUUUUCUUUUACUGCUUUUUAUCUGAAUUUAUAUCAGUUAACAUACAAAUGGACAAGCCUAAAUGAAUUUUUGAAAAAUAUGUUUUAAGACAUUAAAGACUUUUCAGUUUCGUGAUAUAUUAACUGUUUGUUUGUGUAUUGAAAUAACAGCUACAAACUGUCUCUAAUGUAAACAGCAUUUUAGGAUUUCUCGUCUUAUUUUUACACAUUUUCUUGUUACAAAGUUGAAAUCUUUUGUAACAAGCGACAAGUGGACUAAACCUCCUUUUACAGCUCAGGCCCCCUCAGCUGUAAAAAGCGUCAGUGACACCUAACUAAAGACAUGUAUGUUCUUUCCAGUGGUAGGGUCCAUUAUAAGGAGAUGUACAAAGUUGUGCGCACUAUCUCACCUCCUCUGGGCUUCGGAAAGAACUGCCCUCACAGGGUGGCAUGCAAGGUUUGGUCCCUGCCCCUCGGUCCACUCUUAACAGUGGGAUCCUUCCUGACCUCCUUCUCUUCCCCCUCUCUGCCCUGCUUGUAUUUAGGGGUGUGAUACUCAGGUCAAAGAAUGACGACACUCCAGUCUCUUGGUACUAAGGCACAGGACAUCCCCCAUUCAGAAAUAUAAGUGCAUAAAAUUAAAUUCAAUUUGAGAAGAUUCAGAUUAGGAUUUUCCAAGAGUUUUUUAGGGGGUUGCGCCUGUCUCUUUCUACCUUUUGGAUCUGGUUUAUGAUGUUUUUAGUCCUGUCUUAUGUUGUAGGCAAAGUAAGUAUUUGAUAGUUCUACCAGAUCCAGAGAGGCUGUCAUUUCUUUGCUCAUCUUGUCUGAUAUUUUUCUCCUUUCCCAGAUUUCUAUGCCCUGAUGGCAGCAUAGAAAGUAUAGAACCUGUUUUGUUUUUCCUACUCUCUCUCUCUCUCUCUCUCUCUCUCUCUCUCUCUCUCUCUCUCUCUCUUCCCUGCGUGACUUAAAAUAAUCCUUUCUUUUGUAUCUCCUUCAUUCUUGUUCCUCCCUUUUACCCCUUACCCCUUACUCUCUCAUGCUUUCUCUGAUCUUCCUCCAUUAUUUAAUUCCCCCUCCACUUUAAUCAUCCGUUUCCCUCCUCCUCUCCCUCCUCUUUCCCCCUCUUUCUCAUUCCCAUCUUCAUGGCUACCUGGCGCCCCCAGUGGUCGUAUCCAUUACACUGACAUGUAUGAGAUGUUGACCAACAUGUCGCCGCCUCUCGGCCUGGGCAAGAAAUGUCCCUCCAAGGUGGCAUAUAAGGUAGAUUAAACACCGCAGAUUAACAGGCGCCGCAGAGGACAAGCACUGUAAAAGCUUAUUUUGUGUGUCACAUAUUGGAAAAGCAAGGCAUUUAUUUCUGUUGGUCAUUUGAUGCAGUAUUGCUUCUUGAAUCAGGACUUUAUAAGCGGAUGAUGAACGCUCAGUAAUGAUUUGCCUGUUUUGCUUUGCAUCUUGGCAGAAACAAUAAGAUGUCACCACCUGUUGGCUGAUAAAAGUGUAUUACAAGAGUCUUUGUUGGAGUUUAUAUCUGUAAACCAGUCAGUGGCACCAAAUCGGAGAGUCACCAGACAUCUACAUGCUAAAUGUUGUCAUUUGUCAAAGUGUGUCAAAUGUUCUCACGUCUUUCAUACCUACUUCUCUGUUUUUUACAUGUACCUGUCUGCAUGCUCCUCCAGCCUCCGCCUGAGUGUAACAUGUAAUGAAGUGUAUGUGUGCGCUAUUGGUUAGCCUGCAAGCAUGCACCUUCACUGAUGAAUGCUAGUCUCCUGCUGCAGAGUGUGUUGUGUGAGUUUUGUCUCUUUUUAUAGAACGUUACACCGCACAGCAUAUCCUGUUUAAAGCUCCUUUUACCCAAGGUCUGGAAAGGACAAAUCUAAUGAUCCCAAGAAAUCUUUUCUUUCUCAUUAUUUCUCCAUCAUGAGUUACAGUUACAAGACAAUGAAUUUAUUUCUUGUCUUUAUUAAUUACUUUGUCCUAAAACUAGAUACACGUCCUUUCAUUCCUCUGUAUCACAGGUUUUUUUUCUUUAAACAGGAUAAACUAUAUUAAAAGAAACGUUAAAUGACAGUCAUAAAGUUCCUGUUGCUGUGAAGCCCAGUCAGGCCGUGGUAGUGCACCAUUUUUCAAGCUUGUCAUUUAUUUAUUUACACAUCUCUAUUAAAGGUUAACAGGUGACCCUCUUACUGAAUUUAACCAGUGGAUACACAAAUAAAGAAACAUACUAGCACCCUUAUUGAUGACUUUUUAAAAUUCAUUUUUGUAAUGUUCAUAAUCUGUAAUCUUUUAUCUUAACAAUGAGCAUUAAGUCAUUAUGAUCAGAGGAACACCAUACGCCACCAGAGCCACCCUGGGCUUCCACUUUUGCGUUGUGAUAUGUUUAGUAAUUCUCAAUCUGAUAGUUAUAACUGACUAAAAUAAUGUCCCUGCUGCCUUUAGAGACUCGUCCUGAUGAACAUGCCUGUGGACGAGGAUAUGUCUGUUCACUUCACCUCCACCCUCAUGGCUCUUAUCCGCACCGCUCUGGAGAUCAAGAUAGCCAGAGGUUUGACUGAGUAUAAACACAGAUGCACACACACUUGUUGUGUGUAUCGGAUUGGAUUUCAUGUCAUUUUGUAUUGUGCUACAUCAUUUUAUAUCAUAUGUCUUAUCUGGUCUUGUGAUACCGUAUAAAAAAAACACCAUGUCUUACUGCUUUUUUUGUGUCUCUAGGAGGGGAAGAUAGAAAUCAGAUGGACCUGGACCUGCAGAAGGAGAUUGGUGUCAUUUGGCCCCAUCUUUCACAGAAGACAUUAGAGCUUCUGGUUCCAAUACACAAAGGUAGACUUAGACUUAGACUUUCUUUAAUCGUCAUUGCACAGAAUAAAACACAGCAGUGAUUCCUCUCCGCAAGAAUAAAAACAAUAAAAACGAAGGGUAAAAGAGCAGCAUGGUGAGUAUUAGUGCGCUUUCUGGAGGUAGAGUGGUAGUGGAAUAAAAACAAAUAAAAGUGUAUAUAAAAAGAUAAAUGUUCUGAUUUACACAGAAUAAAUAGUAAAAACAGGAACACAGUGCAGCAGGGUGGGAGUAGGGGGUUGUAUGGAGGGUCAAAGGUGACACCAGCCUCACAGCUGUAGCUAAACAGCACACUAAUUCUUCUUCAAAGAAAAUAAUCCAUAUCUGAGUGGUAAUUAAUCUUACAUUUAAACAAAGAUACAUGCGUUUUGUAUGAUGUAAUGUUUUUUUACUCUCUCUUUUUUUAGCAAGUGACAUGACAAUAGGAAAGAUCUACGCUGCCAUGAUGAUCAUGGACUAUUACAAGCAGAGCAAGGCCAAGAAGCUGCGGCAGCAACUUGAAGAACAGGUACCUCUGAGCUUCUUCUCGAUGAUAUUUCCAUGACACAUUUUUCUUAGUUUUUCCAUUUUUUUAAUCUCAAGAUUUGUUUACAUCAGAACCCUUCCCACUGAAAUGUCAAGAAGCAUUUAUUGCAACACCAAAUUUGUAAGACUAAAUUUUGAUCCGAUCACCAGCUUGACAUCUUCAGUAAGAUCAGGAAUGUCCACAUUAGGAAAUGUUAUUAUGGUACUUCAAGUAUCGUUCGUUUUAACUUCUCGGUCUCUUUCCUCUUCUCACCAUAGAAACAUGCUCCCAUGUUCCAGCGUAUGGAUGCUUCCUCUCUGCCUCAAGAAAUUCUAUGCAAUGCCAAAGCCCUUUCAUUCCUCAGGCACAGUGCUGGAUCUGCUCUGUAAAUAUCAAGCUUGAAUUUAUCACUCAUAUUUAUCUACCCAUUGUGUGUUUGUUCAAAAUGUUUGGAAGGAAAAAUCCAAAGUCUGCUCACCAACUGUUUUUCAUCACCGUAGUUUACUCUAUGUGUGUAUACAAAAAGCUGUUGUCUGCGUUUUUGCCUUCAGCACCAGAGGAGGUUUUAUGGCUCUCAGCCCCAUCUCUCCCCAAGAUAUGUUCCUGCAGCCGCUCUCUCAGUCAAGGGAGGCGAGAGAAGAAGAGGAGGAUGACGACUACCGUUCACCCUACCACCCCUACCUCCACCCACACCACCACCACCACCAUUUACACACUCUGGUAACUACAAAAAUGUCAUGUCCAGUCUCCAUGAGCCUUGUGAGAAAUAAGUUAAUCUGCUAUGAAAUUAGAAGAAAGGUUGAACUUUUUGGGGGAUGUUGUACACACGUUGCACAUGGUCACACUGCUGUUGUUUUCUGUAGAUGAUAAAUAAUAUGAACAUCAUUGUAGAGAGUUGGUUUCAAUAAAUGUCUUCAGGGGGAUCUUGAAAUGAAUGAGAAAAUAUGAUCCUAUCACUGUAAAUGUCCAGGUGCCUGAUGUAUUGAGAUAUAACCAAGUGAUGCAGCAGGCCAAGCAGGACCCAACAGAUAUAAAAUCCCCCCAGCGGACAGCAUCUAUCAGAGCAUCCUCAAUGCCCAGGCUGGCUGUUGACCCACAGGUAAUCAGGAUUGUUUACCUUUAUUGAAAGUGCUAUUCAGUCUCUAUUAAAUUCUGGGUGGGAAAAUGCUUUGAAAUCAACAGGAUGCUUAAACACACACAUAUAAUGCUUCUACAGUCUGUUGAGUUUUCCUCGCACAUACCUUUUUAUUAGGUAUUUGUUUUUGUCUAGGUUUAUGUGGCUGUGAGGAAGUGAUAUCUGGUAACUUGAGUUUUUCUUCUCUCUGGUUGUUUUAUGUGUGUGCAGCCGGGGGUGUCGGCUGAUGAUAAGCUGAUGAAGCGUUCCUUCUCUACCAUCGGAGACCAGUGCGUGAACGGUCUCUGGCAGGAGCAGCACUCACUGGAGAGAGUCAGUCCUGAUGACACGUAUAGACCUCGUCAGAGGAGCUUCAGAGGUCACUCACAACAACACAUCACACCAUUUUAACACCAUUUUAACGCCAGUUUUGCACUCACAACAGAGUUCAACCCUGAAAACUUAAAUUUAUAAAACUCCAAAGAAAUCACUUUGUGAAAUGAACGGAGCACAUGUACAGAUUCUGCAGAAGAUUUCAAGUAAAUGUGCAUGAAUUUUAGCUGUUUUCAUGCGUGCAAAUACAGAUAUUUUGCUGCACUGAUGUCAUCGCACACUGAAUCUCCUGCAUAAUUAAACUGAAAUAGAAAUUAGAACUUAAAAUGAGAAGGUUCAUCGUGUGUCAGGUACCCAUUUUUAUUGAAUCGGGACAUUUUAUGACGGUAAUUCAGUAAAUGAAACAGUCUCAUUACAGCAGCUUCUUUCAUUUAUAUCUGUAACUGAUAUGGAAUAAUACCGUCACAGCCAAUAUAAUGAAUUUCAAUAAAACACAAGUUAUUUGUGCUGUAAUGAAAAAAGUACUCGGUAAAGAAACCCAUCCCAGUAUGUCAAGAUCCCAACAUCCUCUACCUAUGAGUUACACCCACCACUUAACUCACACUUGAGCAUGGAAAUAGCUGUGCAGCAAAGCCAGAACAUAACCAGGGUUUUCAAGUGAGCACUGAGCACCUCCUUUCAUGGGUGUUUUGUCAAGUUAUGCCACUUCAUGGAGGUUUAACAGGUUGCUCUUGUACUAACCCCUUUAAAGGGCAAGAGGCCGGACUUUCCAUCCUUCUUGUUUAUGAGGUUUACUGCCAUCUCCAAGUAUCACUUUUUUUCCUCACAUAUGCCUCCCCCUCUGAGGAAAACACUGUAGAUACAGAAAGACAUUUUUCUGUCCCAGAAGUCAAAAUAAACCUCCUUUUCUUCCUGAAUUAAACAUUGGUACCUACAUUUCCUUCAAGCCUUUUUAAACUCAAAUCUACACACUUAUUUAGGUCCCAGAGUCAACCACAGGGAGACAUGUAGUCAUGAAAGAGGGAGAUCAAAGGAACGGCGCCAUCUACUGUCUCCUGAUAUGUCACGCUGCAACUCUGAAGAGCGCAGCCGCGAUCCGUCAUGUGAGGGUGGACAGUCCCGUUCACCGAGUGAAGGACGGAAACACACCUUACAGAGACAGGUAAGAGUUCGACACGAUAAAAGAAACACAGAAGAGUUUUUGGUUUUAUGACCCAGUGGUGUUUGGUUUGCGUUGAAGGUGGUUUUGUUGGUUUAUGUGAUCUUGACUUGUGUGAUCCGCAGAUGAACACAUCAAGCAGCCCCUCACAUUCAGCCGCAGAUUCUGGUACUCCUCGUAAUCGGCGGCAGCUGCCACAGACCCCGUCUCGUCCACGACCAUACAUCUCCUACUCCCCUCUGGUCUGCCGAGCCCACACCUCACCUCCACCAGCAAGCUCCUCUGAAGGACAGACCCAGCCUCAGGAGGGCCCCAGUGGCUCCACAGAGACCUCCUCGAAGAACGACAAAGACCUCCUUCAGGGGUCCUCCAGGGGUCAGGUUUCCGGACCAAGCCACCCUUCUCCUCACCGCUACAUCUCAGAGCCCUACCUCCCAUUCCACGAGGACACCAGCGGUGAAGGAGGGGACAAGCAGGACACGCUUACUUUUGAGAGUGCCAUGGUGACCAGCAUGGGUCGGGUCAACGCCACGUUCUCCGCCCCUCAGCUCAGACACUCCUGGCAGGUUCCUAACGGGCACUUCCGUAAGCAGUUUAACCAGACAAGUCCGGCUGGAGCUAGAGAAUUGCUAAGUGACACAGAUGAGGAUGACCGCUGCUAAAACAGAGAGGAGAUGAAGUGGAUUCAAAGAGAGACUGGGCACCGAAGAGGCUUUGGCUCCUCUGAAGCUCUGAGAAACGUUGUUCUCAGCUCCAGUAGCAUAAUAAGCAGGACUAAACUGCUGUUUGACUGGACACUUGGUUGCCACUCUGCAAUGUUUUUGUGUGUUUGUUGUAGCUCAAGAAAAGCUACAUGCGUGAACGUGUGUGUGUGUGAGGUGUGUGUGUGAGUGGGGGUACUCUUAACAGAGAAACUUUGCCAAAUCAAGACAACAGCAGACUGACUGUGUAAAAAGUCGAACACUGCAGGCGAAAACAAGUUGCCAAGCCUUCCCACGUAUGUUUUGUUGUUAUUUGAACAAAAAAAGUGGUGAAACAUUGAACCAAGACGUCCAAAUCUCUUGUGAAUCGAAGAAACUGAUAAAAGUGCGUUUUGUUUAUGUGAACAUAGAGGUAGCAUGUACAAAUGUUAUACAAUGAAUGUAUUUUAGCUUUUAGUUCCAAUGAUCUGGUCUUUUCCGAGGGUUGAGUUUAGCCUUUACUGAGCAUAGUUGAGAGUAGCAUUAAAACAGGGGUUCUGUCAGAGUUUUUGAAUUUGCUAAUUAAUAUUCCCACCAUAGACUGUAUAUAGAAUGGACAGAGUCUGCCUCCUCGCUGGGUGAAGCCACUCCGAGAACAGCACCCUCUGUUGACGGGCUGCAGUAUAGGUCAUAAACCCCGCCUCCGCCAGCAAAGCUUAUGGAGCUGUGGACAAACUUUAGAAAUUUAUUACACAGAACACAAAUUUUUCUCCCCCCUGCUUGCGAUGUUGACAUGUAGUCACAGUAAGACUGGUUUGUGCCCAAGUCCUCUUUUCUGUGAAGCUCCAUUUUUAAAAGUUAUUAGGGGAUUCAUGUUUUCUUUGAUUGACACCUGAUACAGCCUAUGGGCCUACUGCGCAGCUCUGGUUUCAGGAAAUGAAGGAAAAUCCAGGAAAUACAGAGAGCUUUUUGGCUUCAAAUCCGUAUACAGGCGGAAGGCGGAACCAAGUUGUCCAUAGUAUAUACAGUCUAUGAUUCCCACACAGUUCCUGUUUGCUAAUACAACAGUAUCCACAUGGUUCAUGGGCAUUUUACUGUCAAUUAUUAAACAUAGGAUAAACAGAAACACCAGUUUUAGAGCUUAAACUGAGCAAAACCUCAAGUGAUGGUUAGUUUAAUUAUUUUUGUUCAUUGAAAACGAUGACGGUAUUCCCUACAGUGAACCAGCACAGUGCAGGUCUAUGUUCAUUUAGUGCUGUGAAAAAGAAUUUGAACAGAAUAAGUGAUGUUGUGUCUCAGGUUAAUGAACCAUUUAAUUUGUUGUGUAAAAUUAUUUUCUGAAACCUUCUGGAAACAUGUUUGUCGAAAUGAAGACUAGGUGAGCAACGAGUUUGUCUCAACCCUGUGAGUCAGACGUGAAAAGGCCAUCUGAGGAGACUCUCUACAGGCUACUUUCUCUGACAGAUUUAAGUCUGUAGGGAAUGGAAGUUCAAUCCCUCACAUGUCUUUGCUGGAUAAAUGCUAAUGUUGUGUCAGAGAGGUUACUGAAGCCAUUUACUUCCCUUACACAGAGCCAGAAACAAUCUUCAGGAUGUGUUGCCUUCUUUUAUGUGAUAAGAAAAAGCGUCAAGAACUUAUUGUUCUUUUAACUUGCGAAGCAACAUGGAUGCUUUUAAAAACGAGGAACCACAGGCACAGAAUGGUCCGUCCAUAGACUGUAUAAGAUAUUUUAAAAAGGCACCAAGACUUCACCUGAUGGUUUAAAAAAUCCCCAACAGAAACUUUCAAUUUGACAUCCUCUCAACUUGUCUACUUUGAUUUUUAAGACAUGAACAUGUUACUCUAAGUGUAACUAUAUUUUACCAAAUGGACAUUGUGCGGUAUCUAACAAGAUGUGAAAGCAGGGAUUGAGAGAUGAAAUUUGUUGGAACAAUUUUGAACAACUCGAGUGAGAGGUGGGAUCGUUUUCUCCUUGGCUUCUCGGCAAACAGUCAAGUCUCCCCCUGCUGGACAACUGAAAGACAGCAGCUGUCAAAUUAAAACAUCACUUUUUAAACCAGCUAGUUUUAUUCUAAUGCAAAGUGUGGAGGGAUUUCAUAAGGUUAUUAACAGGUUGUUGUUGUUGUUUUUUUGCUUCGGUCAGUAGAAACACACAUGACCAUAUCCAGACAGCAGCCAAGUUUUGCCAAUAUCACCUCCUGGGAAGCUAAAAUGUUGUUAUGGUAAUGGACUGCUGUUGUCUGGGUUGAAAUACCUGACAAAUAGUAAUCUCCAUUGCAAAGGAGAAUAAACAGGGAAAAUCUGGAGGGAGACCUGACUUUGCUUCACGGUAACCAAAGCUUACAGACAUGAAACAGCUAACAUUUACCAGCCACUUACGAGGGGUAGUUUUGUGAUAAAGUUGUUCAUCUCUAAAUCAGCGGGUCAAGAUCAGGGUCUACAUUCUGAGAUGUGCUUGAGCUGGACACCCCAAACCGCUCCUGUAGGCUGCAUCCAACGUUGUAUGAAUGGGAUUAGGCAAUACUGAUGGGUGCUUUACAUAGCAGCCUCUAUGAAUGCGGUGUUAAUAGGUUAAUAUGAUGGGAAGCAGCAGGCUGAUAGCAUUAGUUGUUGAGUGGUGUUGUGUUAUGCAUUCACCAGUAAGCAAUGAAAUGCUAACUAUAGUCAAAUAUCAACGUACAAGACCUUGAGCAUGAUGUUCGAGCAAAAUGGCUGCUGUGUAAAUAUGGUGAACACGGCAUUUCCUGUGCUCCAUAGUAAUGGGUAUUUUUAUGUGCAUGAUCAUGAUUUCAGUGAUUAAAAUAGAUCUGUGAGCCAGAUGUGAUUGAAAGUUCUUUUUAAAGUUCUUCUGGCUUAUAAAAGGUGGAGCAAUGUUAAUGAUUUUUCUGUCCCAGCAUUCACUGUUUCACUGUCAGUAUCUUUUCACAUAACAACUUAAUCCCUAAUUUGUUGUUCUAUCGAAGUAUGGCGUAUAUUUAGGUCACAUGCUGUUGUGCUAGUCUAGUGUGUUGAGUUUGACAAGUUUUUGAAAUGUGAACCUACAAGUCUACAGAAGGAGAGGUCAAACUCACCAGCUGGAGUCCCGACUCAGGCUCAUCACCCAGUAUGUUUACAUGAUGUUUUGAAGAAUUAUUCAUUGCAUCCGUCUGACUAAAACUGGAACUUUAAGACACAUGUUAACAUGUUAGUCCAACUGGAAAGCAUUCAGUCAAAUAUCUUGAAAUAGUAAAAAUGUGCCAAGAAAAUGUGUUUCAGGAUAGGCUUUCUCUUCUCACACUCAGGUUUGGUCCAGAAAUCAAACACUAAGUUGGCUUUACAAACAAAACCACAGCAGAGGAGGUGUAGAGAGGACAAAAGUAAUGACACCGCCAGUGUGAGAGAAAGAACUCUGGAUGUCCUGGACUUAAAACAACUUUUUAGCAGAGGAACUUCCUUCUAAAUGCGUCCUAAAAGACCUGACUUAUACAGUGUGUAUCAGUCAGGAUCAGGCUCCAUCAUUUAGUUUAUGGGACCAUGCUAAAUGUUUACAUUGCAGCGCAGGACCUUACCUUGAUGCCUGUAUGGAACAGCCUAAUCUGUGCCUGGGGAAACUCACCAAAAGAGCUCCCUGUCAAGCCUGGAUUUCAUAGAUAGAGGAGCCUCCUGGUAAAUAUGUAGUAUAUAAACUGUGUAAAAUAAACCCAUUUGUCAUUUACUGCAUUGUUUAUAUUUUGUUUUCAAUCAUGAUGCCUGUCCAUGACUUUGACAAAAAAAAGUGUUUGGGUGAAAUGUAUCUGUUGAAAGGACUAUUAAAGGGAGAAGACAUGACUUUUCUGAAAUGAA